AUGGUCAAAGUGAAAGACAUUAUUUUAUUACCAAUAUUAACAGAUCAUGUUUCAAGUAAACAUAAGAGCUCAUCAAUUAGGCUUUAAGAUGGCAAUAAACGUACAGGAAAACAACAUAGACAUGUUUGCCAACACCUAAAUCAAAUAUAGAUUUUCAAACCAAUAAUUUAAUUUCCGUCAUUCAUUGUAUUGGUACGCUAUAGUUUUAAAACUUUAACAAUACAACUAUUUUCGAAAACAACAUUUCAGUCUUCUAAAAACGUGUACGUUUUAUAAUUUAAUAAAUCAUUUUUUCGGUUUGUUUAGAGCUCCAAUUGUUCUAUACCAUACAUUAAAAAUACAGAAUUCUCGUCUGGUGGUACUUUAAAUAAAAAGAUUUUCUAGAUUCCUUUUAGUUUUUCUAAAAGAAAAAAAAUUUCAACUAAUAAAAAUGUAUUUAUUUUAUUGAAAUCUAUUGAAAUUAUUGAGCUGAGCUAUUUGGACGUAUACUAUAAUUUAUAAUAUGUAUAACAUAGUAAUCGUGGUGAUACAUUUUUAUACAAUCUAAAAUUACGAAAAAGAUAUUACAUUAAAAUAAUAAUAGAAAGUAAAUUUAAAAGUGAAUCAUAAGUUAAUUUGACAAAUAGUUUAGUUAGUAAUAGAUAGUGUAACGCAAAAGGGACAGUAUGUCGAACAGAUCGUAGGGGAACUUUAAAAUCGAUAAAAGACAGGAACGUGGGUGAGUCGAAUUUCCCAGACAAGAUAUUGAAUAAAAACUAAACAUUAAGCGUAUGUCUGAAAUUGGCCAGGAAAGUAGUUAAUCCAAGUCUGGUUUCUACAGGAUUAUAAUCACGCUGUGCAUAGAAAUACCAAUCAGAAAUCCAGUAAACCGUCGCUGAACACGGUCGGUUUGAAGAGACUCGCCAUUAAUGAGAAUUCCAAAUAACACUAUUAUUAAUCUUUAAGAACUCCAUAAUCGAUUGAAUUGAAAGCCUUUUAGAAAUCUAUAUAUAUAUGUAUGAAAUUUACUUGUGAAUGGUGUUGAAAAGUAUUUAUAUACAAAAUUACAAACACUACGUUGCGCGUCGUGGUGGAGUGGCAAGUGCGAAACCCGUACAGCUCCUCCAAUAAAUGACCUUAUUUAAAAUUAUGAUAUAUUGGCUCAAUUUCUGUUGGUUUCCUUUCGAUGCCUAACGUGACUCUGUUUUGUAAAACAACAUAAAACACAUACGAAUAACACAACUGAAAAAUGUUAACAUUUAAAAAAUAAUUUUAAACUAGAAUAUAGUGUUUAAUAUAAUAUUAUUGUCCAUUUCAUUAACAAUAAUAAUGUAAUAUUAAAAUUGGCUUUAUUAUCAUAGAAUGCAAUUGAAAUGAAAUAUUGGACUGUAAAGCUAAUAAAAACAUAAAAUAAAAUAAUAAUUUUUAUUUUAUCGCUAUAUAUAUUUUAGAUUGUGAUGGAAUGGACUGCCCGGAAGUGUGGGCUCGCAUAGCAAUAUUGAACGGUCAAACACAGGCGGCAGAAGUAUUGUAUCUGGAACAGAAUCAGGUGGAAAAAGCAAUUCAAAUGUAUUUGUCAUUAUAUAAAUGGGAAAACGGUAAUAAUAAAGAAAAACAUAAGUCACCAUUUCGACGUUGUUUUUUUACGUAAGUAGUUAAUACAUAUUUUAUCGUUGAUGUGAAAUCUUAGCAAUCAAUUUGGCCGAAUCCAAAAAUCGGCCGGACGUUGACGAGCUGAAAUCGCGGUAUCAUUUAUGGCUAUUGGAAACGUGUCAGGAAGAAAAAGCGGCCGAAAUUAAAGAAAUGGAAGGAGACAAAAGAUCGGCGCUUCAGUUAUACAUGAAAGCCGGACUCGUCAGCAGAGCUUCCAAGUAAGUGCGAAUUUUCCAUUUGAAAAUAAUAACAAAAAUGAUUAUAAUAAAGAUUUUAAGAUGUUAAAAGAAAACAUCUUCCUUUUUUUUUUCUUUUUUUUUUUAUAUGCGAGUGUCGAAUAUACAAUAUUUAAAAAAGUAUUUUGAUAAAUGGUUUAAUUAAAUUAAAUUAAAUUCUAUAAACCUGUUCAAAAGACGUAUAGUUAAAAGGAUUAAAUUGUCAUAUUGAGAUUAGAAUAACGAUCAGUGGUGUGAUAAUACUAUAAUAAAUACGUCAAAUUAAACAUUAUUCAUCAACUAUAAAACGUCGGGAAGAUUAGGAAACGGCCGUUUUACACCGUGUAAAAUUUAAAAUGUUAUUUCGUAUAAAUUAUUAUUUUCCAAACUUUGUUAAAUUAUACAAAUAUAUUUUAAAGCUCAAACAACAAUAACACAAAACGUUAUAGAUACAAUAUAUAUCUAUACAAUUUUAAUGGCGAAGGAGUUGUACGUAUUCCAAAAUAAUAAUGACGAGUACAAUAAAUUUAGUAAUAUUGUUUUGGUUGUCUGCGAAUUCGGAUCUUUGAUUCUCAACGAAAUGUUCAAAAACUAUCGUUAAUUAUUUUGCCAUUGGACAUAUUACCAAAUUCUCUAUCGAAAACUGCAAAAUAUUAUUUAUGGAUAUUUUGAUUUUAAGAUUUUAAAAUGAACACCUAAGUUGAAUGAUUUGUAAUGUACGCGAUUAAAAAUACGCGCAACGAAAUUAUUACGUGUUAACGGUUAAGAAUAAAAAUGAUUUAAUUUUUUAAAUUUAAUGUACGCCAUUAAAAUACUAAUAAAAAUAACGUGAUUAAUAUUCGUGACUUUAGUAAUUAUUGUAAUCCUUAUUGGGGGUGAAUUACAAUAAUCGAUAUUAACAUGAGAAAAAAAAAAUUGUUUUAAUCCGCUGAAUAAUAGAAAAUGGGGUUUCUGUGAAGCAGGUAUAAUACAGUAGUACAAUAUUGGUAAAUUAUAAUACCACAUUAUCUACUUCUCAUCUAUUCAAAAAACUCAAAUUAAUACAUUAUGAAGGUGAUUUAUUUUAUUAUGAUAAUGAUAUAAACGGCGAAAUUCGUAACUCUUUGUCGUUAAUGUACACGAAAAUAAACUUAAAAGGAAAAUUUAACGUUCUAAACGGUGUUAUUAUGAAUAGGUACCGAAAUCAAGGGGGAAAAAAGAAGAAAAUUUCGGGAAACUCGAAAAUAAUGGAGAAUAACGGAAACUGUUUUAAAAUGAUAUUUAUAUUUCCUUAAGAAAACUAAUAUUUUUCUUUUCUCGAAUAUGUUGAAUCCAUUUUUAUAAACUAGAGUUAGUUGUCGGUGAUCGUUUAAACCUUGGACGAAAUCUGCAAUUGAACUUUCAAACUUUUCUAUACAGCUUUCGAUAGAAAAUUGCAUUCGUCGUGUUGCGUCACGUAUUAAUGAUUUUUAAUAAUUCAUGUUUGCGCGCACUCGAGAAAAAAAAUAUAGAAAAUUUUAAAAUAAGUUUCGUAAUUUAAAUAUUAUAACACUAUACACCUACGCUGAAAUGUUGAAUUCGCGUUAGUCGCGGCGAAUUUGUAUUGUUUUAAGUAAACAAACUGUAUUGCGGUGUAAUAAUUGUAUACAAUGUACCUACCCCAAAACCGGUAUAGGUAUAUACCGGAUCAAAAAAGUUUUCAGGAAUUUUCAAUUGUAUUUUUAAGACCGACAUUUUUAGCGGAAUUAAUUAUUUUUUAAAAAAAAAAAAACUUCACAAUCUACAUUAUCAUAGUCAGUUUUACUUUUACAAUAAUACGGAUAUACGAAAUAAUACACGCCGGUAUAAAAGAGAACAAGUACAAAAGAAAACGGUUUUUACGGGGAAAAUAUAAAAAAAACAUUAUAUUUUAUUAAUGCGAACGAUUUAAAAUCGGGUAAUCGAUUGCAUACGCAUCAAAACUCAAAAUUAUAAAACAUUCAUAUUUCGCGUCGCUCGAGAGCAGGCUCUCAGAUUAUGUUCAUAAUAAAUGCAGUAAACGAGGUAUAUUAUUAUUGUUUAAUUAAAAUGUUAAUCGUAAAGGCUAGUCCAAGACGAUCACGAACUUUUGGCCGACAAUUCUGUCGUGGACAAAGUACUGGCGGGGCUGCUGCGACUGGAAAAUUAUCACGUGGCCGGAGAACUCUGUCAGUCGCAGGGAAACCCGGGCAAAGCCAUGGAAUUUUACUGCAAAGGAAACAUAUACGGAAAGGCGGUGGAAUUAGCCAGAUUCGUCUCGCCGGCAGGUAUGUCCUUUUCAUACAAUUUUUCAUCAGUCGAGAUGUUAUAACCGUUUUUGUACCGCCCUGACGUUUUGAAUCGUAAUAUAUACCUACGUAUACAUGUUAUUACACAAAGCGAGUUUCUCAAAACUACAGAAUAAUGAAAUUCAACGACUUCCCGCACCGUCAACUUAUUAUAAAUAUUGACUCGGCCUGCAGACUUGUACAGUUUUCCGCCAUAGAACCUUGCACCUCGUGUUCAGAAUGUAUAUUACACUACAUAUUUAAUUGCAGUAUAGAAAUGUCGGAUAUGUCGAGCUUUAUUUUUCGUUUAAUUAAUUUUCAGAGGUAGUUUCUCUGGAAGAGAAAUGGGGCGAUUUUUUAGUAUCCCAGAAACGCCAAGACGCGGCCAUUUCUCAUUACAUCGAGGCUGGCAACACAGUCAAAGCUUUAGAAGCUGCUAUCGGAGCCAAGCAAUGGAAGAAAUCUAUGCAAAUAAUGCAGGUAAAUAUCACAAGGACUUUGUGUUUUAAUUUAUUGUAAAACCGCGGUUAGUAAUAUACGAAAAUUUAAAUUCAUCAAUAUUUGCAGGAUAAAUAACAAAUAGACAUUUUCCAUGGAAUUCAAAUUCAUUUCCAAAAUUAAAUCAUCCAUUUGUUCAAAUUAAACGUAUAAUGUGUGCAUUUCAAUUAUUGCAAUAAAAUGUAAUUUUAUUAUAUCGAAGUGAAGAUGAUAGAUACGUUUUAUUAAGAUAACUUUUAGUCCCGAAUAAUACUUUUAUAAGACACUUUUAUUCAUUAUUUAAACAAGUUGUAUUUAACAGUGUAUACUUAGAUAUACGAUUCCAUCUAUAGACGUUCAUAGUUUCAAAAAUCUGUAUUUGAUACCCAAACAAUAACGAAUCCCCCCCCCCUGAAAAAUACAAAAUACUAAACCAACAACAAAAAAAUUCGGCAAGUGUCGAAAUUGUAAUUUUGUAGAUUAUUUAAAUCGUUUUUUACGUUGAAACCGGAUUAAUGAUAAAUCAUGUUUGAUGAUAAUCCCUAAAUUUUGGAUGCAUUCCUCGUGGUCCCGAGCAUAAAAAAAUAUUACGAUACCGUUAAUUGACUAAUUUGUUUAAAUUUUGAAAUAAAUAGGUCAUCGAGGACAAAACUUUGGUGACCAAAUACGGAGCUCAUUUGGCCGAUCAUUUUAAAACCGUAAACGACUAUAAGACCGCAGAAAAACUGUACAUGGAAUGCGGAAUGUACAGGCAGGCUAUUCAGCUCUACUUAGAAACCGGUAUGAAUCGAUUAUGUAUUUUUCAAACGAUCUGGACACUUCCGUUUUAUUGAAAAUGUCAUCGUUUAUUUGUGUAUAUGCACAGGGAAUUGGGAAAAGGCUCAUAAGCUUCUGAAGAAUAAUCCCACACUUACGGAUUUGGGCGAAGAAUUGGAAACGUAUGGUAAAAAAUUGGAGAAUAUGGGUCGCGUUAAAGAGGCGGAAAAGCUUUAUUUGGCAUUGGACAAAGUGGAUUUGGCCAUAAACAUGUACAAGAACUUUCAACGAUAUGACGAGGUACCUUAGAGCUUAGACUAUGUAGCCUAGAGAAUAAUUAGAGUAGACUAAAAAAUUACAAAAUAUAGAUGUGUCGUGUCUUCUAUGCUCUGAGAGUCAGAUUACGAAAAAACUGAUAAUAAUAAUCAAUUAAUAUUUUAUGUUUUUUACUUUCAGUUCGAAAAUUAGAUAUUAUUGUGAUUUAAAUAACUCUAAAAAUGCCGAUCACCUUAAUUGUCUGCAUUUGCAUUUCCAGAUGAUGGCCCUGGUGAGCAAAUACCACAGCGAAUUGGUUGGUACCACCCACAUGCAUUUGGCACACGAAUGUGAAUCGCGUGGCAACUACAGGGCAGCCGAGAACCAUUACGUCCAGGCCGGAGAGUGGAAACUCGCUGUAAAAAUGUACCGAUCGUUGGAUAUGUGGGAAGAAGCAUAUAAGGUAUACGCCAUGAAAUAAAACGGUUUUUUUUUUUAACAUUUUAUUUAUUUAUCCAAAGUACAUACAUAUACGUUAUACAAAGUAAAUAAAUAUACUAUAAGCCUAAGUUUGUAUUGGGGUAACUAUACUCUAUGAGUUAUCGUUUAAACACAAAUUAACAAAAUUAAUUUAACUCGAUUUAGUCGGUAUAUACAAUAACAGGGAGAUCCAUUUAUUAUAAACCAGCGAUUUUCACGGACGAUUUUAAGUGAAUUUAAUUUCGGUUUUUAUUAUUCAGCAAUUACGGUACCAUUUCAGCUUUAUUUUAACAUUAUUUUAAAUAUUUUCCCUUACUCUUCAACGUUAAAUGAGAAUUAACUGUUGAUUUUUCCAUCAUUUCAACACAGAUUCGGAAAAAUAAGAGUUUUCUCAACAUUUGUUGAAAUAUAUUAUUUUUUCGAAUCUGUGUUAAAAGAGGAGGCCAUUCGAAAAUAAAAAGUUAAUCCUCAUUUCAGAUAUAAGGAGUAGAGAUAAAAAUAUAAAAUAAAGCUUAAACGAUUUCAUAAUAGUGGAAAAUACAUAAAUAUAUAAAUCGAAUGCGUUUAAAGAACUUCCGGAAAAAGAUGCGUGAUAUCAAGACAAACGGAUAAUUUUUUAAACGCUUAGGUUAAUUUUUUCUUUUAGUAUUUAAUUUAGAAACACAAUAUCGAUUUUACAACAAAUAAAACGAUACAAAACCGAUAAGUAACCUAACCUUUAUUUUAUUUUAUUUUAUUUUUUUUUUUUUUUUUGACAAAAUGUUAAAACAACUCAAAGAAUCGUGGUAUCGGAAAAAGUUGAAAAAAAAAAAGUUUCCCGGUAAAUACUAAAUAGUUUAAAAUCCAAGCGAAUAUUUGGGUUACGAUAACACCGGUAAAUCUAAUUGGUAUUUUGACAGGAAAUUUUCAUAUCUGUUAUUGAUUUUAGUAAGUACAUUUUUGCGUUAAAUAUAACAUACGGCACGAAUACUUUAAAUCCUAACCAACGAUUCGGUUGGCCACGACCACGAACGCGCGUUGUCGGUAUAGUUUGCACGUGCGAUAAUUUAUUAUAUUAUACCCUUCGUCGUUACUCGUUUUCACCGAACGGGAUAAGUUUUGUCAAAAACGAAAAUAUAAAUUUAUUGUCGUUUAAAAAAUGUUUUCUUGAAAAACACAUCACCGGCAAAAAAGGCAAUAAAUUUUGAGUUCCUUUUAAUAAUUCGUCAACGUUUUUUUAUUCGAUUUUGUAUAACAUUAUCUUUUGUUGUCGAUCAAAGAGCUAUAAAGAAUGGCCGGUUUUUAUUUGUUAUUAAGAAAAUACAAAACAACCGAACAAAUAAAAAAAAAAAGAAAAGAAAAACAAAAUUAAAAAACCGAGACGAUGAUAUCGAUGUGGUUAAUUCAGUCGUCUCACUUCACUUGGAGCAUACCAGGUGCAUUAUUAUUAUAAAAAAACCCAAUGUGGGCGAAAUUAGUUACAAGGUCAAAAAUGUAUAAUGUUCCAACCAGUCAUUUUUAACAUUUCCGAAGCACCUGACUAGAGAAAAUUAUCUGUACAUCACAUAGGUACCUCCCGAAUUCGGUACGUAAAAUUGCAGAGCGAACAUUUUCAUUUAUAUAAAAACUCACGAAAUCACUAUUGCUGACCGUUGUCCCUAGAUCCUCUUAGAAUUUACGAUUCAUAAUCCAACCGGAUGCACUUCUUAUUAUGUACUCUACUGUGACAUUUAUACUACUUAACGCAGUGCAGUAAAUUUACGAGAUUGUAAAAAUAGUUCAACAGGACAAUCGGGAUUGAUUUUGCUUUUCGGAAGAAUUAUCGCACAAUUUACAUCGAUAACUUACGAAUCGACAUCAACGUAGCGAAUCAACGCUACGUCGAUUAUACAUUUGGUUCUCUGAAUUAUUCUUAGUUAAUAUUGUUACAAAAGUAAAAUAUAAACAAAAAAACACGCUUAGUUCCGCGAUGUAUUGAUAUGGGUUUAUUGGGUGUUGUGCAACAACGGUGUUAUAUUAUUAUUAUACUCUCGUGGUACAACUGUCAACGAUCUCUGUUUGAUUCGGCGAUAGAUAGUGGCACGCGUCACCGGCGUAUCAUUUUACAUAAUGCAUAGCGGAUUCGGAAUUCGAAUCGCCGAGAAUAUCAAUCGUAACGAUAAACCUCUAACCUAUUCGCAUUUCCAACCGUUCCCGUUUGACAUUAACCAAUAGAAAACGGUGCCCUAGCUGGCCAUUCUCUGAUUACUCUGAUUACUCUGAUUACUCUGGUUGGGUUUUCUUGACUCUAAAACCACGGUAAUCGUCAAAAAAAAUGAUUUGGUAGAUAUGCGCGUAGCCAAAAUUUUUUUUUUAUGGGAGGAGGACUUCAAACAUAAAAUGUAUCACCAACUACCAAUAAUCUGAUUUUUCGGUGAGAAGUUUAAAUUUCGGAGGGAGUUCCGACCCCAUAGAUCUCCCCUAGUUACUUGCCUGUAGGUGAACAGGUAUAAGACCGUGUUAAAUAUAAAACUUACAUUAUACAAAAUGCAGCAUAAUAAGACACUGAAAACUAAAAUAACGUGCCCAAUUUUUUCCCCUACCUUAGCAGAACAACUAAUCACAACAUUAUUGUACUGUCUAACCAUUUUUCUGAGAACUACCCUGAACCCAUAAGCUUGUAAUAAAAUAUUAUAACACCAUACGGUCGAGAAAAUGGGCGUAGAGAAAGUGAGCACAUCAGCGUUUAAUAUGUUUCACCUUCCUACGCUUCUGUGUUUAAACCUGAAGUUAUUACGAUUUGUUUGAUGAAAACAAAUUUGUUACAUAUCAUCUAUUAUUUUUUUCCGAAUCAAGCUGUGCAUUAAGUAUGUAUACAACAUACUGACCGUCGGAAAACGAUUAUUUUUAAAAGUCGUAGAAAACCUUUGAACGGCAGUGUUCGAUUUCUAGUAAAUAGUGACAGUAAAAUAUGGUGUGUACGAGUACGUUUUAACCAAAAAUGAUUUAUUAAUCGUUUUAAACGAUACGAACCACGGAUUGCAAUUAUUAUUUCUAAAAACGAUCCGCGGGGUGUGUGUGUGUGUGUGUGUGUGUGUGUGUGUGUGCAUAGUAUAUAUAUAAAGUAUAAACAUGACGUUACAUAUUUUAACAUUGCUACUUUGUUAUUAUGAAAUGGCAUGAUUCGCCUAUAAUAUACUGACAUUUCGUUUCUGACAAAUCUGUUUUCGUCGUUUUCGAUAGACAAAAAUAUAUAAUUUAGGAUCAAUCAAACUCAUCGUACAUAAAGGGGGAAAAAAAAAUACAAAAAUGUUUACGAUAAAUAACAGAAAAAUAAUACCGGUUUAUAUUAUUAUUUUCAGAUCGCUAAAAACAACGGCGGAGAACACGCGGCUGAGCAAGUGGCGUUUUUGUGGGCUAAAUCGUUGGGUGGAGAUUCCGCGGUCAAGUUGCUCAAUCGUCUGAAUCUACUUGACGAAUGUAUCGAUCAUGCCAGUGAUAGUUAUCAAGUAAUAAUUACGCUUUGAAUACCUGUGUUUGAGUGUUUUAUAUGCACUUUUACUAAAUAUUUACUCUUAUAAACAUUUAUUAUAUAUUAUAUAUGUAAUUAUUUAUGGGUUAUGUCAGGAUAAAUAUUAAAGACAUAAGUAUAAAUACUUAUUUAUCUAAGGAAACUGAUCGAACAAAGUGAGUAUAAUAUCAAGUAGUUGGAUUUUCUUCAAAUUUAGUUCGAAUGUUUCUUGUAUCCUUGAAUUCAUCAAAGUUGAUGUAGAUUUUAAUAUUUGAAGUUAUUUCACCCCUUUUUAAGCAAAAGAUUUUUAGUUUAAAUCAUUAUUUUAUUAUUAAAAUACAUUCAGAAAAUACCGACACAAACCGUUACUACCGUUGUCGUAAAAAUUUUGAAUUUGAUCGCACAAAUUCACACUAAUUGCUAUCUAAAUUUUGGGAGAACACAAAUUCCAAGUUGCAAAACAGAAGCUGAUGAAAUAUUUGUGCUUUUCUUUUUCCAAAAAAAUAAUGUCGUUUUCAACGGUAUCCGAAUAUUGAUUCCGAUAUAUGAGUAUUAUUCUUAUAUGUAUAUGUAUAUGUAUUUACAUAAAAAGACCAUACCGAAGGGUUUUGAUGGUUCAAACCCCUCUCGAAAUUUAUUCGUGUUAUUUUAGUUUUAAAUUACCUAGACAAUAUUUCAAUGAAAAUUAAACAAAUUUUUAGGUUACAACCCUCCCCCCCCCGAAGUUAUUUUCCACUUACGGUCUUGAAUAAUAAAAUAUCUAAUAUGAUUUUCUUUUGUUGAUUUUAGUUUGAUUUCGCAUUCGAGUUAGCCCGAUCGGGGAGCGCCAAUCGGUUGGCCGACGUUCAUUAUAAAUACGCACUGGUGCUUGAAGACGACGGUAAAUUCCAGGAGGCCGAAAAACACUUCGUGGCCGGAAUGAGACCCAAAGAAGCGGUACUCAUGUAAGUGUGGACUUUCACGGUGACUUUAUUUUGUGAUAAUUGAACAUUUCUUUUAGUCGCCGAGUGUUAUUGUGCUUGAUAUCACCUAAAAACUGAAGGCUCGCUUAAAACAUAAAUAACACCAUAAUUAUUGAGCAUAAGAAAAAAAUAAUUUUAAAAAAAGGUCCAUUUUUAUUUUGUCAUAGAAUAUAGCAUCAAGUGUGAAACGAAACUUUAUAUGUUUAUUGAUGAAAUAUUCAAGGCAGAAACCUUUUUUUCUCGUAAAUAUUAUUCCAGCCACCCAAAUAAAAACAAAAUAAUCUGCGCUUACGCAUGGUGUUUGUUCACAGUUAUCGAUACUCCCAGACGCAUAUUUACAGUCCCUUUCUGAGUUCGGUCCAAACGACCACCCAUCGUGGUUUUUUUAUCGACUAGGACAUAGGUUUUACGUUCACACUCGGAACAUUGACUUAGGAAAUUAUCGGUUUUGGAUCUAUAUUUGGAUUAAAUUUGUUCUAUUAUCUCUCUGAUCUAUCAGAAAACCGUUUUCGUUUUUCAUUAAACCCGGUAGUAGGUUUUAGUUUUACACUUAGAAAAUUAUCUUCCUAGGAGUAAGGUUUGGUUAGGGCCAAAGAGUAUGGGUUAUGUUUUGUUAAGCUCUUUGAACCUACUAAAUUUCAAAACCGUUUAUUCGAUUUAAACUGAACUCAGUUAAUGACCGGAAAUACGCACCCCUCAAACGAUAAUCAGUUUCCGAUUCGUAAUUGUCAAGGAAACUGCACUGAAAUUAUCUUUCAGAAAAGAUACUACUCGUUCUUGAAAUUUGAAGCAAAAUUUCUGGUAGAAAAAACUACAAAUCUAAAACCAAUUAAACAAUGAAAUUUUCAGUAAGUUUAUACGUUUUCUUGUGCAUUUCACUUCUCGGGUUUUCUAAAUUUAUCCGAAAACCGCUCGGAAAAUAAAAAAGUCUCCAACGCACCAAUAACUAAAAAUCCUAAAUGCUACGGAAAAACUCUCUAGUCAUUUUUCGAUCCGAGCGACAUUUCUGGUAAAAAAAACUUGUGCGGAAAUCGAAAAAAAAGAAAUAUAUAAAAAAAAUCGUACACAUCACAGGAAAACCAACGCCAACAAUAUACCAGGUGAUCCAUUUAAGUGGGUACAUUAUCACGGAAGUUAUUAACUUUUUCCGGAAUUUAUUUUCUAGAACAUUUAAGAAACAAGUUGCACUAUCAUUGUAUAUGUAUGUUAUUUUUGGUCAUUUUUGGGGGUAAAACCAUCACCUACUUUUAAUUUUCAAAUGGCAAUCUAUAUUAACAAUUCCAUAAAUAGAUGGAGAAUUAGUUAAAAUAAAUUUAGAGUAGUGGUUGUCAACACGCCGCACGCCACACCGCCACACAAAUGAUACUCCGACUACUCUCUCUUCCAACCAAAACUUAAAAGUGGAAUAUCUGGUUAACGGAUCGACGGAAAUUAAAAACGUCACCUUUUAUAAUUAUUUUAACUAAUAAUCCAUCUAUUUGUGGAAUUUCCAAUAUAGGUUGCCAUUUGAAAAUCAAAAAGUAGAUAGUGGUUUUACCCCCCCCCGCUAAAAAAAAAGGACGACAAAAAAUAACAUAAAUAUAAAAUUGUAGAACUGCUUGUUUCUUUUAAUGACCUAGGAAACGAAUUCCGAAAAACAAUUAAUGCUUUCCGAGACAACGAGUGUGCCCGGCAUUAAUAAUCAUUCCUCGGACCGUUCGGAGGUGGGUGUCUAAAACCGAAAUCGAAUUUACCCAGCAAUCGCCGUCCACGAUCAAUCAAAAUCGCCACUCCCCCCCCCCCCCGCGCCGCGCUCACUAUCGCCGCGGCCGGCUGUUUGUCGUUUUCGUCACGCGCAGCCCCGUUAACCAAUUCCGUCGUGCGCCCUACAGGUACGUGCACAACCGGGACUGGGACAGCGCGGAACGCGUGGCCGGACAACACGACCCGACCGGCAUGUCCGACGUGCUGCUGUCCAGAGCGGGCGCGGAGUUCGAGGCGGCCAAUUAUCCGCGGUUCGAGGCGCUCAUGUUGCGCUGCCACCGACCGGAACUCAUCGUCAAACAAUAUCAGGUACGCCGCCGGCGACGAGAUAAGCCGGUCCGGACAUUCGGACUGAUAAUAAUGUUAUUACUAUUAUUGUUGUGUUGUUGUUGUUGUUUUAACGGUAUUGCGAUAUAAUAGCGGGUAUCGCGAUGGUUACCCGGGUACACGUCCGCGGACGCGGCGUGUAUAUUAAACUUCCCCGGUGUUAACGGGUGCGGUCCGCGCCGCCGCCGAUCCGACACUGAAGUUUUAACGCGCCCGGGAAACGCCGCCUGUCCUCCUCCCCUCCCCUCUCCCCCCCGAACCACCGUACAAGUUAUUCGAUUAUUUUCGGUACGCGGAUAUCGCAUGGAUAUCUAACCAAUAUCAGUUUUGUCGAAAUUACAAUUCUCCUCCGAAUAAUAAUUCGCGCGGCCCGCAAUCCAGUCGCGUACCGUUGUAAAAUAUAACACACUACAAUAAUUAUAUUAUUAUUAUUGUACCUUUGUGACGCGGAGUUGUACAAACGUCCCAGAAACGUGUACGCAGUGUUGAAUGCAGACAAUUUUUUUAUGGGGGGGGGAAUGUUACUAAAAUUACGGUAAGAAACCAUUAUUUUGGUCAUCUACCCUCUUACUAAGACCAAAUUCAAAUGUAUUCGAUUAUUUAAUUUAUUUACUCACAUUUAACAGGGAGGAGGGGAGGCAAAACAAAUUAUUUUUUAUAUUUACAUUAAUAUCGCCCCCAUCUGACAUAUACCCGGAUUCAACGCUGCGUGUACCUCCGCCGCAGUAUAUAUUAUGCACCGCUGGUUGGUUAAAUGGUUUAUAAAUAACAAUACACUAUCAGGUAUCGGCGCUCACAGGAAAUGUAUCAAGGAGGGGCGUAAUAACUUAAAAGGACUUAAUAAUAAAAUUGUAUCGAUUACCUGAUUAUUAAAAUUAUGUUUGAAAUUUUAAAGACCGGGGGGUGGCAGAUGCCCCGUCUUGCCUCCCUCCCCCUUCCGGGCACCCGUGACAAUGGGUAUGUUAUGUUUGCCGGGCGACGGGAUGAAAUAAUCGGCAGUAGUAUUCACCUAUAGACACGACAACAGACCGCCCCCCCCGGAAGAAUGCGUUUGUAAUUUUAACCUAUAGCUCACUUAUUGUUCUUGAAAAGUUUUAUUUUUGAACAAAUAUUACUGACAUUUCAUUUAUUUGGUUUUUACUUUCCGCAAAAUUUCAACAAAUUAUAAUCGGCCGGGCAAUUUAAACGAACGACAAUAUUAUAUAUUGAUAAUAUUAUCAUGAUAAUUUAGACUCUAUCCGGAAUCGAUUGCACAAGUCGGUGAGUUAUUUUCGUUAUUUAUUAAAAUGCCUAAAAUACGUCACAAAUAAAAUCAAUUAUACGAAAAUAAAUAACUAUCGCGUAUAUAAUUGAUUUGAAAUAAUAAUUAUGAGUAAUAUGUAUUUAUUAUCGUUGGACGUUAUGAAUGGUUUCAAUAAGCGCCUUGCGAGUAUUCGGAUGAUUUACUCACAAUAAAAGACUAAAUAACAGACUUCUGCCACUUCCGAGACGCGAAAAUGAUAUUAUUUUUACGCUGAUAGCAAAACUCAUAAAUUAGGUACAGGUACUGUAAUAAAAAAAUCAAGACGAAUAUUAUCUGUUUCGUUGCAAACGCCUGCAAAAAAUAAAUCGAAAAAACGAUAAAAAUUAAAAAACACACAGUGUAUCGAGUACGUAUGUGAUACUACUUAAUAUUUUCGCUGGACGACCUUGGAUUUGAAUUCCGUUUUCCUCAAGAGGUUAGACAGAAGUCAUUGAAAUACGUAAUUUCGGAUAAAUCACAAUUGUGAUUACAAAAACGUAAAUUUAUUAUUUAAUAUAUUUAUUUAUAUUUUAAAAGCUGGGCAUAAAUGAGUUAAUGAGCAAAAGUUAAGUUAAUUCGACUUUUCAACUUAAUUUAUUUUAUUUUAUUGAACUAUUAACUUAAUUGUUAACUUGAGGAAUACAAACGAGUUACUUUUAAUUAUAUAGGGUUAAUUUCAUAUUUAAACAAGUUAAGAUGAUUUCAAUUUUUAUUUGUAUACGCAUAUAAAUAAAUAUAUUAUUAUUAUUAUUAUUAUCAAUAUAUUAUGAAAAUUUUAAAAUACGUUAGAUACGUAGUUAAAUUAUUAAGUCAUUAUAAUAGAUAAUAGAUAAUAUAUUUAUAACAUAUUUUUUUAAUUAAUUUAAAUUGAGUUGAACAGCCAAUUUUAACUUUUCAUUAACUUCUUAGUUUAAUUGAUAGAUUAUUUUGAAUUAACUUUUAAUUAUUAACUUUAUUUAAAUUAAAUUUAACUCAAUUUUGAGUUGAAGAAAAUCAUUAACUUGCCCACGGCCCAGCCUUGUAUUUUUUGUAUUAAAACGCAAUCAUUGCUAUACAAUAUUAUUUAACUAUCUUAUAGAAAAAAAGAUUAUUUUAUACACAAUUUUUUUAUUAUAUAUUACUUUAAAUACACUAAAUAUAUCAAAUAUACCAAAUACAUCAUAAAUAUAGAUUAUGUUCGGAUAUUGGAUCUAAACAUAGACAAAUAAUGAAAAUAAAAAACCAGCGUUAAAGUAAAAACAUGUAGGCGGGCAUUUUUCUCUUCCCCGUGGGCCGGAUUAGGCCUACCCCUGAUAUAGGUUGUUUCUAAUUUUAGUUUUUCGGAAAAAGAUUUAUUUUUUUUGUACAGCAUAAUUCAUUAUAUUCGUAUUAAUUCAAUAUCAUCUGAUUUCAAAAAAAAAAUGACGUGAGCCUGCGAUUUGUCUACAAACCAAUAAGUUUCCCCUUACAGUUCAAAUUUAGAUACAUUUUUUCGUGCAGUCAAAACUACUUUUUACGUAUGACUUUAGUGUUCGUACCUUGUGCACACGUGAGUACAAUGUCCGCUAAGUCGGCGUCGAUUAACCAUACGAAUUUCGACAGAGACGAAUGAGAUUAUACACACGUACCGUGGCUCAGUUAGAUGAACAAAAUAAAUGUAUAGAACGUGUUCGGUUACAGUUUGGUAGGUACAAUGACACUUUCGGUUAGUUUUUAAAGUUUUGAACUUUGGACAAGAACAAUACGAAUCAGGCGGGACAAAAGACGACGUUAUACAAAUCGUAGUUUGUACGAAAUCAAAGUAUAAAACGUCACUAUGCCUACAUUCACCAAAUAAUACAGGGUGAUUUUUUUUUAAAACAUGAAACAAUAUUGCAAAUUAAAACAACAACAACGUAUUAAAAUCAGUGGCGUCAUAUCAGUUUUUGAAAGGGGGGCAAUAGUUUUGACCGGCCCAUAAAACAAAUAAUACAAUUUUUUUGUCUAUAUUAUUAUAACAAUAGAAUGUAAUAAAUACCAAUGGCUGUACUUUUAUAUAAUACCUAUUUGAAUAGAAUUAUUAUUUAUACUAUAUAUUUUACAUUAUGUUACAUUACGCCUAUAACACUAUAGUAGAUACUUCAAUAGUACCUAUUUAGCGAAGACGUUCUUUUCAUAAGCUAGAUUUUAAUCGUAAAAAAAUAUACAAUUUUGAAUAUAUAUUGUUCACAAUACAGCGGUCAAUUUUUUUUUUUUUUUCAUAGACCUAUUAGUGAACGUCGCCUAGAUAAUACAAGAUAAGCGAGAGAGAUAAAUAGAGUGUUCAGAACCGUGUCUCUCUCAUUCUAUAUCGUAGUGGUGGCCGAUUGGCAGGAGAGUAAAGAGACACUUAUUAUUUUAUUUUCUAUAAUCGAGCCACCGAAGAGAAGUGGAAUGGAAUAUUAUGCACAGGUACAAUAGUUUUUGUUCUGUGUGGUAACACUGCAUUUCUGGUUCUCUUUGCUAGCCAAACGAUAGAGACUUUUAGGCGAGUAUAGUGACAUACAUUAAUACGUAUAUACGCACGCAUUUAUUUACUAUCUACUGCUUAAAACAAACUAGAUCCGUGGUUAAGACGCGUACAUUUCUAAUCAGUGAUCACUGUAGUUUUACAUUUUUUUUUCAAGGCUAAUAUGUGCAAAGGUGAUCGCUUAACCUUUUGCACUUUUUUUGAGCCACUAACAUUAAAUGUUGGGAAAAAGAAAAAUGGAAAUUAUCUAUUAUAAUAUUCUCGACUUUUGAGAAUAGAUUAAUACCGUAAAUAUAUCACGUCGGCUUGCCGAGCGAUUCGCAUAAUAUUAUUGUUGAAAUAUAAUAUUUCGUCAAAUAUUUAAUUAUAUUUUUUUUUUUCGAUAAAAUUGACAAAAUACAAAAAAUAAAAAAUACAUAACUUUUUAUACAUUACAUAAAAUAUGCGGAUUGAAACGAACGCAUGCCCAGUCCGUGAGAAAGAUGUCAAGAGUUUCGCACAUUGCAUACAUUAUGAUAGUAUUUCGAAUUUCGAUUUAGACCCGCGGGCGUCGCGCAGCUGUAAUAAAUUCGCAUAUUUUAAAAUUAUACAGUAACUCGAACGUUAAUAACUUCUUUCGCGCCGUCGUUUUGCUACCGUUUCGUCGAUUAUUGGGGAUCCGUCUCUGCGGCCCCCAACCCCCUCGAAUCGGUAUUUCAAUAUUCUGCUCGGGCCUCUGCUUGUUUGUGCGCCUAACCUAUAAUCCGGUGGCACGUAACGAAGCGGGGUGUUUUGGAUGUCUUUGCUGCAUCCGUGUUUAAUGAAUAUACUAAAAGACCGUGUUUUUUAUUUUUUUUUAUCUAGAUAUGUGACAUGUGACACCUCCUUUCAAAAAAUUCCGAUUGCUCCGCUCAGUGCCGUAGCCAGAAAAAAUGUCCCAGACUUGUCCCCUUUCUAAACUAAACACUAUCUUUAGCUGUUGAUAUUUCCAUAACGAUUUGAUGGACUAGUAUCUUUUUUACAUAAAAUAUGUACCCAAUUAAGGUAAAUAAAUAUAAAUCCGGUAAUAACUCGAUUUCGUUCACAUAAUAGUAUAAAACAAUAUAUUCUAUACUUAUAAUACGAUUUAUUAAUAUAACGAAUUUCUGGAAACUGCACUGCAUUACGAAAAAAAAAAAAAAUUUGGAGAAGGCGUGCUCCUAGUGACCCCUAGCUAAAACACUAGCUCACUAAUACAACCAACAGCUUUACCCGACCAGCUACGCUUAUAUAAUGACGACGCUGCACGAACGAUUGACGGAAUGUGAAAAUUCCAAAUUGGGAGAACGUGGAGGGUGGGGGAGGUAAGAGCUGUCGUUUUUUCGGGCCUUUUAUCUUUUUAUCCCCCGGCGAAAAUCCGUUCCCGUAUUAAUUCGGUCAAUUCAAAUGCGAAUAUCGUAAUAUUGAACAUCGGUAUACGGUAUUAUAAUAUUAUUAUUAUAAAGAGCUGUUAUUGUAUACGCGCCGAUAUCUAUAAUACAAUGACUGAUGACGCGGUAUCGUGAAUACUGGUCUGCGUAUUUUGAUUUUGAUUUUGUUGGUUUGAUAGAAUAAAUCGUGUUAAUUCAUCGAUAACCGGUGACAGAUAAUACGAGUAUCACAUUAUAUCCUGUACACAAUGUAUUUCCGCGUUUUACCCGUCUAACGUGAUUCUGGCAUUAUUGGCUUUCAGCUCGAAAUAAUUUUCGAUAUGUAAAAAUAAAUAGGUACCUAUCUGUGCACGUUAUAUGUAUACUGUUUUAGCCGGUGGGUUUGAAAUUUAAAACGUCAUAUCUAUCAUCGUCAUCGUAUUGCACAUUCUCGCAUACAUGCUCGUAAAUAAUAAUGUAUAUAACCCGCACGGUGAAUACAUUUCUCCUAAUGAAUACCCUCCUCAACUAAACGACGCACAAUGCGCAUAUUAUAAUAAUAAUGUGAUAUGUGUUCGGUUCGUAUAAAAAAUCAGUUCCGAUACUAAUCCGAAAGAAGAAUAAAUAUAUAUUUUAUAACAACAUGACAGCGAGUGCGUGUACGCGUUUGAUGAUAUAUUAACAUGAUAUUAAACAUUUCGUCGAGUCUCGAAAAAACGACAAAUUGAUUCGGUGAGUUUUACAUUCUGAGCGUAGGCAGCGGAAGAGCUGUUCUAUCUGUAGUCCCACUAAGGUUUCGUGUAAGGAAUUAUUAUAAUAUUUUUAAAGAUUUAUUUCGAAAAUUGCCUUCGGGAUAGCCUACGUGCGCUCAUUUUAGUAUUAUUACUGAUUUUCGGAUAUCGGAGAAUUUUUUUUAUAUUCGCAUAUCGUGCACGAUAAUAUAUUUAUUUCAAAUGUACCGAUUCGUAUUUAUGUAAUUUAUGCGCUAUUCAAAGGCAAAUAGUAGAAUAUCUUAAACGCGGUGUACAACUUGGGGAUCGGUACAAUAUUGCACUUAUCUGUAUAAUAUCCAAACCGCUAAAUCCGGGGGGUAUGUCCCAGGAACGAUUCGGUACCCACAAUAGUUACGUGCAGACACUUGAAAAAUGACACAAUAAACUAAUCAAAUGUAGUAGACAGUGUUUUGUUGCGAAAUUUCACUAAUUUAUUGGUAUAUGUAUUCACGUGUGCGUACCGGUAACUCUACACAUAUAGUAUGCGACUCGGAAGUACAAAAACGGCCAAUACACGAAUGACAACGGGAGACGGCAUAUAUAUUACGUAUAAUGACGAUACAGUGAAAAUAUUUCAAAGAGCUUAUCUUUUAUAGACAUGUGAACGUAAGCGUCGAGAAGUUUUUACGCCUUAAAUUAAAAUAUAUAUCCGAGUGACGAGUAAAGUGGUCGUCGUAAUCAUGUCAAUAACAUUAACAUUCGGUGCUCCGUCUAAAUGUUUGAACUUUAUGAUGUGGACCCGUUAUUUGGGGAAUAAUAUUAUAAGCAUAACAGUGUGUCAUAUAAAAGGUUAUUGAUUCGCGAUACUAAUAAUUUUUAUGAUUAAUUAAGAUCAUUGCAUAGGACGGUAAAAAAUAAUCCUACACUCAUGCAGCACAUCAUCAAUUAACCGUAAUUUUUCUUCUUCUAUCAGAAUUCGAGACCAUUAAGCCAUAUAACUGUAAAACAAACUUCCUUCCAUCUAUCUCUGUCCAAAGCUACUUCAUUAGCAUUGUCUAUUCCUAGAUGUCUUAGUUCGUUCUUGCUUUUAUCAAUCCAUAUUUGAUUCGGUGUCUUUCCCUGUGGAAAACAACGAAAACGAGUUUAAUGAGUUCAAUAAUAUUUUGGUGAUAUUCUGUAAAUAAUUAUAAUAAUCAGUCUACCGUGGCAAUCAUGAUUUACUUAGGUACUUGGAAAAUGUUGACGACUCUCUUGAAAACUAUAUUUGUCCGCCUUCAUAAUGCAACUUUAGAUGACGAGUUCGGAUACCACGCAAAGUAUUGGAAAGCAGAAAUAAUGUAAACUGACAACCUAACACUGCGAUCCCUGCGUUUCGUUUCUACAAUAAUUAUGCGAAAAACGUUAAGUUAAAUGUUUACAGUAUGACGCUGAUGAAGUGGGCGUAUAGUGCAUAAGGUGCUAGAAUGACCUAUUGCAUAUACUAUAGUCCAAACAUCACUAUACUUUAAUAAGUAUUGUCCUUACAUUAGUCUGAACUUUGUUUAAAUAUUGUUCGUGUAUAAUCUAAUAUUAUUUUUAAUACUAUGCAACUUGUUCAAGUCACGAUCCAGUGAUUUUCUCGGAGGAUUUUAAGUGGAUUUGAAUUUCUUCUCUACCGUUAUUUUUUAUUUUAUGUAUUUUCAAUAUUUUACCCCUAAUCCGUGCACUUUUUAAAGAUCCGAAUUGUAAGCUUUAGAUUUUUGAGUUUUUCAAUAAUAACCUCCCCUCCCCUUUUAAACACAGAUUCGAAUACUGAAUAUAUGUAUAAAAAUGUUGAUAAACAUAACACUUGCAUACGAUUUACGAGUUGUACGUUAUAACAGUUUUAAAAUUAAACCAGAGAAGUAAGAAAAAGUUGAUUAUUAGGCCGUUAUAGUAGGUAAUAGAAAAUAUGUACAUUUUUUUUUUUAAUUUUGACUUUUGGUUAACUUCUAACUUAAUUAAAUUGAUAGAUUAUUUUGAAUUAACUUUUAAUUAUUGAUUUUAUUUAAAUUUAAAUUUAACUUAACUGAAUUGAAAAAAAAAUCAUUAACUUGCCCAGCCUUGAGCUCAUCUAAAUUCAAAGAAAGUAUUCUCUAUUCGAAUCGAUGUUUAAAAGGAUAAGAGGUUUCUAUUUGAACGUCAAUCAAUUAAGGUGUAAGGAGAAGAGAUAAAAUAAAGCUUAAACCAAACGUGUUUUUCCCGUAAAACACGUGCCGAUUUUUUUUCUGUUUUCCAUUCGGAAAAUAAUUUCUUUUUGACAUGUAUCGAUUCGUUAAUAGGCAUAUUGAGGUUUCAUCUCAGUUUAGAGCAGAGCUGGCCAUUUUUUGAUUUUAGAAAUAUAUAUUAUUGAUUUCGUAUGCACUGAUACGAUUAGUUAGGUAGCAAUAAACAAAAUAUGUCUUUAUUUACACAGACAACGCCGAUAUACGCUUAGUACAUAUUAUGCUAAAAAUGCGUAUAGGUACUUUAGAUUAGUCGUAAUGUUUACAGGGGUUUUUUUUUUUUUUUGGUCGUUAAAUAUGUAAAUUAGGAUAAUACAUAUUAUACAUUCGUGUGCCUAUGUAUUAUAACAUUUUUAGUUUUAUUUGCCCGAUUUUCACGUAUUAUCGCGGAAUAUUUUAAAAUUACAAAUCACACCUAACUUAUUGUGUAUUUUUUCGUAACUGAAUAUAUUAUUAUAAUUGUAGUAUUGACUGUUCCUUACAUUAAAGAUAUAAUAUUUUAAUUUUUGUUAAUUCUCAAAUAGAAAAUAAUAACAAUACGUGCGUUUAUUUAUCUAUAAGAACAACUAUAUGAUCAGUUUAAUCGUGAAAAUAUUAGAAAACAACGCGCAAAAUAUUACCAACAAUAUUAUUAUAAUGCAUUUUUUUCUCCCUGAAACAAAAAUCCUAUGCUUAAUCACCCGCCAAAUGCAUAAUCGAAAUUUUUUUUUCGUAACUUGUAUAUGUAUAUAAUAUAGGGUGAUUCACUAGGCGUGUUUAUCACCAUUCUUUUGGUCAAAUUUUGCAUGUAUUUAAAUUCUGAUUUUUAGAAUUUUUAAGUAUAGUUAAACCGAUAUUUUCGAAUGCUUAGAUUUUUCACAAAAUUUAAGGAAUAUCGUGUGACGAUACCAACUUUGGUUGGUACAGUAAUAUGCCGCCACAAAAAUAAUACGCCAUUGCUCUCCCCCCAUCUAAACUUAAAAAUGAAAUAUCACGUCAACGGGUUAGCGGAAAUUAAAAACAUUGACACCAAAAUGUAUUUUAAGUAAUAUUUGUUUAUGGAAAUUUUUAACAUAGGUUCCUUUUUGAAAAACCAAAGUUGGUAUCGCCACAGGAUAUUCCUUAAAUGUUGUAAAAAAUCUAAUUAUUCGAAGAUAUUGGCUUUAACUACACUUGAAAAUUUCAAAAAUUAGAAUUCGAAUAAAUUACGCAAAAUUUAAUCAAAAAAAAAUGGGGCAAGCACGCUUAGCGAAUCAUUCAAUACAUAAACGCAAACGUAUACGUACAUUUAAGUAAAAUGAAAAUGUACGAGUCGUACAGAACAGGCGUGGCAUUUACACAGAUAUUCCCAAUGUUAUACGUACUGCAAUAACAUAGGUAUAAACAGAAUAUUAUAUUAAUUUAACGGCGCAACAAAUAGGUAGCAGGGCUUACCAUAAAUAACUGUAUAAUACUCGUAUUUACAAUUAUCCUGCGCAUUGAUAUUAUUUACUCUGACGGUCGGCUGUAAAAAUGAUAAGUGUUAUACCUAAUAGAUUUUGAUUGAACCCGUGGUAGUAACGUAAUAACGCAAUGUAUAUUAAGUGGAUACUCACGCCGUAUUCGCCGAUAAACGAUUUAAACGUGAUUUUUUUUUUUCUUCUAUACAUAUUAUGUAGGUGUACAGUUUUUAAAUACCACAAAUACGAUCGAAACGUUUAAAAUAUUGUAAAACAAGGGGAAAUUGUAUAAAUUACUCAAACGUAUUACACCCGUAUAAGUGUACAAUAUGUAAAAAUCAAAUAGUUAUUUACGUAUAAUAAUACAGGUAUAUUUCAGGCGAGUACAAAAAAAAAGCAGUUUAAUUUGGCGUAAACUGUAUGCAAUUUUAAGGGGUCUGAAAAAAAUCGUAUAAUGCGUGAAAAAUAUUAAAAAUAUAUUCAAUAAAAUAUAGGUAGUUUGCGCACUAGGUGGUACCCAUUGAAGUAGAAUUCAACUGCACUCGAAUAACAAAACUUAAAAUUGUAUUUGUUUGAUCGACGUUGAAUUAUCGAGGGAAUAUUAACUGUAGGUUAGUAACAAUUGUAGUCGAUCGGCGAUUUUAAUGUUAGACGUAGUUAUUGUAAUAGUAAAAACUAAAACUAAAACACGUACAGAAUAGGUGAUUUGUUAAAUUACCUUCUCUUACAACACGAUUUAAUAAUAUUUAAGUAUUUCAAACAUAUAUUAAGAAUGAAAUAAUAAAGUAAACCAAAAUUAUUAAAAUGGUUAAUACUCGUAAAUAAAUAAAGUAAAUAAAUAUAUAAAUAAAAAAAUGUCCAUACACAAAUUAAAUAAAUAAAUGAAUAAAUACGUAGCCUGAAAUAUUAUGGCAAGCGUAUUAUACUACCGGAUUUGAAUUAAAAAUUCAUCAUCAGGUAUAUAACAGUCAAAAUGUAAAACGCGACUGAAUAUAAAAAAUUAAAUAAAGAAACACAUAAAAAAAAUAAAAAAUUAUAAAAAUUGGUCGGUUUACAUAGAAUACAGAAAUUAUUUAUUUUAUUUUAAUUUUUUGAUUUAUAUUUUUGUUUACUAUAUAUAUUAAGAAUAUUACUGUCGAUUUCGAUUACCUGAACCAGAGAAAGUUUGAGGUUGAAUUUAUCAACUAAAAUUCGCGGUAUAGUUACAUAGUGCAAUGUCAAUUUUUCUCGUAUUAUAUUUUACACGGAAUAACAUAAAAUAUAUAACACACGGAUAACAAAACAUUUUUUUUUCGCCCGUCGUUUAUGAAGAUAUCGUUAAAAAAAAAGCUGGGGUUCUUUUUCUUUACCUGUGUUUUGUAAAACGCGUUUAAAAAGUUUGUCGUUUACGUAAUUUUCAAAAGUCACCUAUACAAUGUUAUACGUAUUAUAGGUACGUGCCUUUGUUGUUGCGAGUGAAACGACAUUUAAAAGAAACGAUAAUGUUAUUCCAGGAAAAGGGGAUGUGGGUGGAAGCGCUAAAGUCGUGCCGAGAAUACUUACCCGCCAAGUUAGACGAGUUGCAAGCGGAAUACGACAGGGAAUGCGGAGCUCGAGUAACCAGAGACAUAAACAGCCUGUUCGUGCAGGCGAGCCAAUGGGAACAGAACGGCGAGUUCAAAACUGCUGUGGACUGCUUGCUAAAGGUGAAUUCAAUUAAAAUAUUAUAUUUAAAAAAAAAAAAAAAUGAAAUUUGUUUUAGAGUUCAAAAAUAUAAAAAUAAAAUAAAAUAUAGGUACAUUAUAAUAAUAAAAGACACAAUAUGACGUAUGGGUAACGUAUGAAUGUAUAAUCCAAUUUUUUAUAAAGAUUAUAAAAAUACAAUUUUUCGUCGAUGUUAUGUAUUAAAUUGUUAUACUAUAAAACGUCUUAAAUCGGUGUCAUCCCGUCGAUGUUUUACAAUCACGCCUGUUAAAACGAGUUUAAUAACUAUAUGAAAAAAAAAAAAAAAAUGUUUUCUAUGUAUUCCUCGUUUUCAUUUCGUAUUUAACGAAAAAAUUAUUAUUAUAUUUUAUUUGUCCGCCUAUGUAUUGUUUCUAUGAUUAUUACCUGACGGUGAUUUUUCAUAUCGAAACCGAUCGUAAAUACACGCAGUACAACUUAUCACAAUACCCCGGGCUAAGUUUCUCCUUUAUUUAUUUAUGUUUCAUAUUUUUAUACAAAUACAUUAGGUACACAGUAUUAUAAAAUGUCAAAACAUUCGAAAGUUUUGAUAGAAAAAUGUAUUAUUGCUUUUCUAUAUUAUAUAAUAUUAGCGUAUGUAAUGUUUGUCCUCCCCUCGCAAAUUCGCUUUAUGAGUUUUCGUAUCGCGUCCACAUAAUAUUUUAUUCGUUUUUUUUUUUUUUUGUUGUUGUUUCUGUCAAACGCAAACAACGAGUCUAUAAUACGUAUACAACGAUAUAGUCAAUUAUUUAGUUUGGAAAAAUUACGUUUUUAACUUUGAGUUAGAUAUUAGAAUAAAAACGAAUAGCUCAAUAAUAUUGUAAAAAAAAAAAAAAAAAAACCGGAAAUAAUCAUAAUAUUGAAAAAUACAUUGAGGUCUCGUAGACAUAUUUUUACGGACAAAUAAUACCGUACCAUUAUACCCGUUAUAAAGAGUUCGACAAAAGCUGCGCAAAAAAAUACAAAAUACAAAAUUGAGAAUUUUUCCAAUCUACAUGAUAUUAUAGUAUCCCUUUGGAUUUCGUCUAUUAUAGAGACGAUAUUACGUAAAUUCAAUAUUAUUUAUAAUGUAAUUCUCGUAAUAAUAAUAAUAAUAAUAAUAAUAAUGUUAUGUAUGUGUGAAAAGGUCACUUCGACCAACUGUAAGGACGACCGUAUUAUAUCAAAAACGCUCAACGAAGCGACGCGAAUGACAUUAAAAUACUUGGACGGCGAAGAGUGUGCAGACGCGGCUAAAAAAUUGGGUGAGUCUGAAAAGGUUGUAUUGCCCGUUUAUUUUUUUUUUUUCUUGUUAUCGUUUCCUGUAUAUAGCUGUACGUAAUAUAAAAAAAUUAUCGAUCACGGAAACGCGCCCUGUCUUACAUAUACAAAAUAUAGGCGCAUAAUGUAGAUAGGUACCUAUUGUAUACCGGGUGAACCAUUUAUGUGGGUACACUCAUUAUCUCGGAAAGUAUUAACUUUUUUCGGGAUUCGUUUUCUGGAACAUUUAAGAAACAAACAGCUCUGCAAUUUUAUAUUUACGUUAUUUGUCGCUUUUCUUUUUGGGGGGUAAAACCACUACCUAAUUUUGAUUUUCAAAUGGCAUUCUGUAUUAAAAAUUCCAUAAAUAGAUCAACCCGUUGACGAGAUAUCCCGCUUUUAAGUUUGGGUAACACUUUACCCCCGAAUAAUAGUGUGAAAAAAAAUAACGUUAAGUUCUUGAGCAGCUUGUUUAUUAAAUGUUCUAGAAAAUAAAUUCCGGAAAAAGUCAAUACUUUCCGAGAGUGUGCCCGCUUUAAUAGAUCACCUGGAUUGUAAUAAUUCGUAAAAUGCAUUUGACGAUUUCGACGACGAAUGAAAUAUACAGCGCAAAGUUAUAUAAUACACUACGUAUAUACAUAUACGUUUUAAUUUUUGGCGGAUUUCUUGUUUCCCGUCUACGAUCAAUUUUUUUUUUUUUUUUUUUUUUUUAUAAUAAAAUUUUAUCGCAACUCCGUGUAUUCGCGCGCUUCGGAACAUAAAUUGAGUGUUAUCAUCAUUAAUCCUAUUAUCCUUUUUUCCAAUAUAUAUGUAUACUAUAAAUUAAAUUAUGUACAUAAAGAAGAAGAGCGAUGAUGAAUAUGUUCUGUAUUGAUUUUGACACGCAAUAAUUUAUUACACGCGGUACACUUUAUUUCUUGCAGAUUUCUUAUAUAUUAUUAUUAUAAGCUUGAAAUAAAGCUUUUCAAUACCUUUACGUAACACGUACUAUUAUUAUUAUAUUAAUGGAAAUAAAUUAAAGAUUUAAUAACGUAAAUCUCGUAAUAUUAGAUUAUACUGUCCAGCGAAAUGACAGAUUAUCAUUUUUUUUUUUUUUUUUUUUAUAUAAUUCGGUUAAAAUAUUUACCUACGAGUAUCUAUACUAUGAGUAUUAAGACAGUCUGAUAUUUUUAAAGACGAAAAAAAAUUAGUUGGAUAAUUUUGAUCGAGUACUUCCCAAUUUUCUUCGUCGAUCUAAUGUAAACAAUAACAUUUUAAUUGUCAAUAACAGAAAGUAAUUUCGGUUAAAUUUGAUUAUGACAGCAGAAUCCUUUCACGCAUUGCAAUACGCAGAGUUGAAAAUGGCCGAAAGAGAGUAGUUUGACCGUUUUAUUAAAUUUAAUUCGAAAGCUGCAGCAUUUACAUAAAAACGUACCGGAUCUUGGAUAUAGAACAUAUAACUAUCUACACAAAAAGUGCCUUGACAAAGUUUCUCGUAAAUUUUUAAAAAACUUAAAAUUAAAUUUAAAAAAAGGACGGACGUACUUCGCACGUGAAUGCAGCCAUUGUUGCAAGUGAGAAGUUAGGAAAGGAAGAUACAGACGGAAAUUUAAUGUAUAUCUGUAAGCAACAAUAAACCAUUGCUAACGAAAAAACGAUUCUGAGCUGAGUUCAGAUAUCAGAUUUAAUAGUGUUGCUUUGUCAACAAUAUAAUAUUGUGUCACAUUAUGGUAAAAUGAUUACCACAAUAAGCGUUUUCAUGACAACAAUGAUUGUUUAAAAAAUAUUUUUAACUAAUAAAAACUUAAAAAUAACAAACAUAAAUAAAAACGGUUGCUGGUGGCAACCUUAUUUUUAAUCUUUUAAUCUUUUUCAACCUAAAGAACCAAGUUUUCCUCAUUAUCUCGAAUAUUAAUGAGAAUUUCAAAAAAAAAAAAUAACAUUUCUAAAGUAUCACCUAAAGAACAUUUACUUUCAGAAAAGGUGUUGUACUUAAUAAUCGGAGUAAUCUUUCUGGUUUUCACAUAAAAUAAAAACAAACAAACAAUCUUUGUAAAACCAAUACAUUCUUCGCUUAACUCAGAAUCUAAAAUACUUUAAAGUAGUAAAGUGCAUUGUAGUUAUAUUUUUUUUAUAAUAGUUGUAAGAUUAAUUUUUAAUAAAAAUCGUAAAUUUAUAUACACAUAUAUUGCAGUGGCGCACUCAUCAGCAGUAUCAGCUCUUUUUUUAUUUGUAGUUAAUAAUGUAUAUUGUAUAUUUAAGGUCCUGUACAUUUUUUUCUGUGCAUGCUACAAUUUUUUAAUCAAAUUUAAAUUAAAAUUAACUUAUUUCGAAAACCGUCAAACUACACAUUUCAGAAAGAAAUAUCCGUACGAAAGUGAACGUAUCGUCCGCGGCGGCGUUCAUACGUUCAAAGUUAUUACCGGUGUUGAGAGACUGUAGGUAAUUCAUAUAGAUGAUUUUUUUUAAAAUCUUUUAUCUCAUCAAGAUGCAAAUUUCGAUAUUUAUCUAAUGGUUAUCUAAAAUAAACGACAGUUAUGGUUUUUAGUAAUUGUGUAGAUAAAAUAUAAAAAUACACCUAAAACGAACAAAAAAAAUGAUUUACAAAAAUCGCUAUCACUUUGUAAGCAACUCGCUGCAGACGUUUCUCAGUUUUGACUAAUCCUGUUAUUUUAUACACGCUAUAAAAAGAUCUUAAAGAAAAACAACAAUCAUUCGGAUUGAAAAUAGAACUGAAUUAAAAGAAAGGCUAAUAUACAGUCUAAAACUCCAAUAUAUUUUCGGAUAAUAAUAAUUUUAAUAACAACCGAGUUUUAUUUUUGUCUAUGUAUAACCGGGCUAUGUAGAACAGUUUUGUGCCAUAACGUGUACAAUACCGAGGUGUUGUACACGCAUAAUAUAAUACUCCGGUACGAAUUAUUAAUAAAUAACUUGCUAAUAAUUGAUACUCUCCAUUGUAUUGUAUCAAUCAUUUUUCAAUAUAUGUGUAAAUAUUCGUUAAUUAUACGGUUUUAUCGACAAAAGCAAUUGCCUACGAGGCGAUAAAUUCUACUGAUCCGCCGACUUGGACGGGAUAAUUCAAAAACGCCGUAUUGUCUUUAUCCGCGUCCAAACGGUUUCCGGAGCAACGAUCGCCUUUAAUCUUUUUAGCUGGAUAAAUUCUAAUUAUCCGCGUGUCUCAACGCCGGUUGUUACGACCGUAAUCACGCGUAAUGAACGCCGCGCGUUCGCUUUGUGUUUCGUCUAAAAUCUAAUUCGCGACACAACGUUGUAACGGUUGAUUUCAAAAAAAAAAAAAAAAAACAACAAACAUAACGUUUUGCAAAUAACAGGUUUUACGUGCUUAUAAACAGCGAUGAACCGUUGUUUAACACGCGUAAAACGUUCAUUGUGUUAUACGUAUAAUAAUAGGUACACGCGUUGUAAAACCGUUUUCUCGAAGGAAUAUAUCGCGCCUAAUCAAAUUAAAUAUAUUUUCGAAACGCUUACCGCCGGCGCCGCCGCGCGCCGUGCGAAAUCGAUAAACGCCGCUGCAGUAUUUUUUUUAAUUUUUUUUUAAUGGAUUCGAGUAUUAUUAUUAUAAACGCAAUUAGUUUAGCCAUCAUCACAACCGAAACCGAACGAAAAAUGCUACAUCGUAAAAUAAUUUGUACAACGAAUACGGACGCCCGGAUAACAAACGGUAGGGUGUGUGGGAGGGGGAUUGAAAAAAAAUACCAUGUAUUUCGAUACAUUUUACAAACGUAUUAUACAUUAUAAAUCGAUUUCGUUAUUCCGUACGGACUGCACUAUAUUUUAUACCUAUAAUAAUGUUUUAUUGAUUCGAAGGCAGGUUCCUAAAUCCUAAUGUGGUUACAAAUUUAAAUAUUAGUUAAACGUAUCACGUAUAAUAUUAUAUUAUAUAAAACUACUGUAAUAAAAAAAAAAAAAAAAAACAAAACAUUGUAAAAUUAAAUUCAAAACUACUUUUUUAAACGUUUUAUCGAUUUUUCUAGAUAAUUAUAAAUUUAUAAGAAACAUAGUUUUGCGAUUUUUAUAGAUAGUAAUUUUUAUGUCUCAUAUUUAAAGUCUGGCACAUUUGUGUGUAAAUGCUACAGUUUUUUUAAUUAAAUUUUUUUUUUAAAGAAAUAAAAAACGUCAAAUUAAUUUCUUUUAUUAUUUUUAACCCUUCAUUGCCACCAAAUUUUAUCGAAAUUACUCUCUCAUAUUAACGAAUAAACUGACAGCACGGUCAAUCAAAUCCAUCCGAGUCCUUGUUCUUCGUCUGAAAAAAAAGGAUCGCCCUAAUAUUCAGUGUGUCCCACCGUGUUUGACGGAUUUUUCUAGCGCUAUCAAUAAUCAUUUUUUCCGAUUAAUGUUUUUCAAUCAGUUUGUCUUCGAGGGAGGGCAUCGAUUUAAAAAAAAUAAAAAAUACAAUUUUUAUUUCCAUCCCCUAAACACACAAAAGAAAUUUUUUAUUUGUUUACUUAGAACAUUUUCAAAAUAGUCAUUUUGUAGAAAAUAUUAUUCUCAAAAUUUUAACGUAUCAUACUUUCACAUCCGAUUAAUAGUUUCCUAAUAUAAGCCGUUUUAAUAUCUAGAAAAUAGUCGUGAAAACAAUAAAAUAAAACGUUAUGCAGUAGGGAAUCACAAACAGCACGGUAAUUCUUGAAUUUCUAUUGUUUUCACGGGUAUUGCUAUGAAAUUAUUUAUCGAAUAUAAAUGUGCGUUACAUUGAAAUUAUUUUUAAUAAAGUUAUUUUUGUCUUUAGGGGAUGAAAAUAAAAAUUUAAUUUUUCUCCAAAUCGAUGCCCCCCUCGAAGACAAACCGAUUGAAAAAAAAAAAAACGGAAAAAAUGUAAUAUUAAUACCUCCACAAAAAUCCGUCGAACACGAUGAGACACAUUGUAUAUAAAGAGUGUCCCGCGAAGAUAUACCCAUUUUAAUAUCUCCGGAGAUAAAAAAAAAUACACAAAUUGUUUUUUUUUUUAUAUAUAUAAUACUCACAGGGAUAAUGACUAUAAAUAUUUUUAUUUAAAUUAAUUUUUUAUGCUUUGGUAAAAAAACUUAGGAAAAUAACUUUUUAUUUUAUUACUUUUGAAAAAUUUGAAGACGGUUAUCUCAUAGAGUUAAUAGAAAUUUGUAUAUAUCAACUUUUAAUUUUCAUUAAAUUCACGACUCUAAUAAUUUUUAAUAACUUCGGAGGAAAAAAUUGUACAGUGAAUUAGCCGUAAUAAUAAUAAUAAGUUAGCGAAUGCGAUCACAGCCUAAUGCAUAAUAAUAAUGGGUACUUUUCACUGAAUUUUAAAAAUUUAUUAAAAAUCACAAAAUUUAAUGAAGAAUAAACUCUGCUAGAAAAUGGCUAUCUUUAAACUUUUCGAAAAUAAUGAAAAAAAAAAAAAAACAAUUUUGUUCAGUUUUUUUUUACCGAAACAUAAAAUUGUAGUUCAGAUAUAUUCGCAUCGCACAACUAAAUACGAAUUCCCUUGUUCAAUUUGUUUAUUUCUUAUAAGAGAAUCGUAAGAACAAAUAGAUGAUUUUGUAUUUUUUUUUUUCUAAGGGCCGCGUUUAAUGGAAUACGAAGAAUACUUGUUGGCGGCCAAAGUAUUUGUGUGCGCGGAUAUGAUGAAAGAAGCAAUAGACGCAUUCAUCGCGGGCGACUAUUGGUCCAAAGCCAGAAAAUUAUCUUCCGAACUAGACCCCUCGUAAGUUUUUACUGUUAUUUUUAUCGAUACAAACAGUUUAUCGAAAUCCUUAAGUGUUUAUGUUUGGAAAAAAAAAAAAAAACUCGCAAUAUUAAACACCUAAUAUAAACUCGAAACUAUUUUUGAUACACGUAACAAUAAUUAUUUUUAGAUAUUUCGGGACAAAAUGUAGAGCGAUAAAUAAAAUUUACGAUUUCGACGCGCCGAAACAUAAUGUUAUCAUCUAAACAAAAACCGAAACUUAAGUUCUUCGACUGUUUUUGGAAUUUUUUAUUUUUUCGUCAAUAAAAACUAUGUAAUAAAACCGUCGGCGCCAAAACAAUCGCGCAUCGAAUCAAUUUGUAUACGCGUGUACAUUCCGUACACAUCUAUUAUAUUGUUACACCGAACCAAUGGAAAUCGUUUAAUCCGCAGUUUCGAGAGAUACGUUUCGGAAUGUUACAAAGACCAUGUGAAAAGAGAGGGGAAACCGGAGCAACUGUUGGCCGACAUGGACGUGGAAGAAGCGCUGGACAUGUUAUCGGCCCAGGGAAAGUGGUCGAAAUGUUUGGACGUCGCCCGACCGCACGGACAAGUCGUUCUCCACAAAUACGUCGCGCUCUAUGCUACCGAUUUGCUACGGGUAAUAACGGUCGCCGCCGGCUCUUGCAAAGGAUUUACAGCGGCGUUUUUUAAUCAAAACGCAGUUCUCAUCUCUGGUGCAGCGUGCGCGCGCGCGCGAAAAUUCGAAACGGUUUAACGGAAAAAUAAAAUCCAAAUUUAGUGUAUACCUACCGCAAUAAAUACGCCAUCAGAUACGCAAUUGAAUUGAUAAUAUCAAUUGCGUUCGCGGUAAAACGCCGAGAAAUCGGACGGGAUUAUCAUAUUUUAUUUAUUUCAUCCGAUAUAAAAAAAAACACGUAUACAUUGUAUAAAACACAAUAAUUCCGGUUGCGGUGAACGAGUUUGAUGAAUAAAACGAAUCCUCAAUACCCAAUACAGACCCAACAUGUACAGGGCCCUCGAUGAUCUGACACUUGAAAUAAUUUUCGUCCUGUUCAAUAUUAUGUUUAAUGUUUGUCUUAUCUGUAUAUUUGUUUCUAAUAAUUAGUAUGCAUCUGCGUUACAGUUAACAUAUGUGUAAGCUUUUCUACACCGAUUAAAAAAAAAAAAAUUCAAAAUAACCGUUUUGUAAAUUAGAUUUUUAGAAAAAUUUAGUGAUUGAAACUUUUGUUUAGACUGUAUGGAUGUUGUAUGCUCUUUUAUUUUCUACAAUUUGUUUAGGGUUUUGCAAUGCGAAUAAACCUAUUAUUUUUGGUAUUAUAACAUUCAAAUUUGCAAAAAAUUUUAGAAAAAAAAAAAGAGCAAACAAAACGAAAGUUUAAACCGCUUAUUUUUUUUCUAAAAAUCUAAUUUAAAAUAUGGCUGUUUUGAAUUUUCGAAAAAAAUUAUAGUAAAAUUUUAAGUUCCAAAAAAAAAAAAAAACAAUAAAAUUAACAUAGCGCAAAAGCAUACUAAUUAUUUUUGAAAAAUAUUGAAUUGAAGAGAAGUAAUUAAUGCUGAGUCGCGUUUUACAUUUUGAUUGUGAUAUAUCUGACGGUGAAUUUUCAAUUCGAAACCGGUCGUAUGAUAGACACUCCAGGCGACGUAUUGAUUCGUUUAUUAAUUUAAUUUUUUUUCAUAAUUUUUUUUUGUCUACUAUAUUUAUUUACUUUACUUGGUUUUUUGGCGCUAAUCGUUUUUAAGAGACGGGUAUCUGAACGGUGCAAAAAUAAUUGUAGUCGAUUUUCGGUAUGUCUGAUGGCUCGCGACUACUAAAACACACCGUUUUUAAAAUACCUGGAAAUUCGUGGGAAAAUCUCUUUUUACCCGGUCGAAUAUAAUGUCGUUAAAAAGUUAAAGGAAAUGAAAGAAGAAAAAUCUCGGCCCGCCCUAUAGUGUGCGUACACUAUAAUAAUGCACCCGAAUAAAACGCACGGAAGACGAAUACCUACGUACCUAAUUUUGAAACACUAAAGUUGGCUUGUGCAAUAAUGUAUAAUGUAUAUGGCCGUUUCCCGUUUCACUCAAUAAUAUCGCGGAUACAUCUAAAUAAGAACGUCGGCACAAUGGUUUUUAAUUGAAAUAAAUAAUAUAGUUGCCUGUGCAUUUUGCAAAACUAUGUGCGCGUAUACAUGUAGCGAAAUAUUAAUAAUAAUGCGUAUUUCGGUUUCAGGAAGGAAAUGCUUUUGAAGCUUUGAACUUGUAUACGCAGUACGGCGCACCGGCGUUGCCUCAGAAUUUCAAUAUAUACAGGCGUAUCGCGUUAGACGUAUUCGGCAAACGAGGGAUGGACCAAGUGGAGUGCUACGAUAUUUGGGCCAAACUGAGGGACAUGUUUUUUAAACUGGUAAAAUCCGCAAUAGCGAAAAUAGAAUACAAACUGCGAUAAUAUCGCCAGUAUACAUUGACGUACGCGUACAUUUUUACAAAGUACCGUACCGAAAAGAUAACAAAACAAACUCGUCGAAAAACGUAGUUCUAGUUUCUUUCUUCGGGUUUCGGCCUUUCAAGACCAUUCCGUCGGACAAAUGCUCUUCUGGAUCGCUAUGUCUUCCGCCGAUUCUCUCCGGUUCACUUCUGGGUCCUCUGCAACUGCAUCGGUGUUUUUUAAGACAACGCUCCCAUCUAAAGCGCGCUAAAUAAUAAAUAACCCGAUAGUUUACGAAAAGAAAUGCAUAAACGCGUUUAAAAAUAAAUGUAUUUUUUGCUCGGCGUUCCCGAAAAUGUGCAAAUGUGUUCGUGACCAGAAUGCGUCCAUAAGAAGCGAACGUGAAAUAAUUAUAGAGUUAAGAAAGCGGUGAGAACAUUCAGUCUCCACGAUUGUUGACAAUUUUAAUUAACACCUAUGUACCUAGGCGUGUAUAUUAUAUUAUGUGCGACAUAAUCAAAAAUCGAAAAAAACGCAAAUUUUAACUCGCACCGAAAAGAGGGGGAAAAAAAGGCGGUUUUUGUGUUCGACGACGGACGGGUAAGGUUUGACGCGAGGUUCGUCAUUAUAUAGCGUCGUGUACACGUGGUACGAUAUCAACAAACAGAAGUCAACGUAAUGUUACGGGUUUAUUAUUAUUUUUUUUUUUUUUUUUUACAUACAAGUCUAUUAAGUUCAAAUAUUUUUGAAACGCCCCGCCGCGGUCGAUUUCCGGUUAUUUAUGGAGGGAGAAUAUCAAUAGUGUGACCGGAUAUGUAAAUAUUUUUUUUUUAAUUUUUUUUUUCGGGGCAGCGUUUACCGACGGGUUAAGGUCGAUUAACUCUCCGAGAAAUCCCCGUACAUAGCGCGUGGAUUAUCGGGGCUCGGAAUUCGUUGCGUUCGCAACUGUUUUUCUGUUGUUCGGAUGCGGUGCUCGAAUCGAGGGGGUGAGGGGAGGCGCACAGGGACGGAGUAACUCGGCUGAAUUCUCGGGAAUGUAAGCGUACCUUCACCGUUUGUUUGAAGUGGAACGCAUGGGAGGAUACCUACGGUACCGUGUCCGGAAAGAGCUGUGCAUAAGAUACGAUAAGAGCAUACCUGCAAAAGUAUUCCGGGGAAUUUCCGACCUCUACGGUUGUUUUUCAUCGAAUAAACGAAAUAGAACAAGAGACAGAAGCAGUAGAUGUAACGGUUACAAGUAUUUCCGACGUUUUUACUAGGGGCCGUCUUCUCAUAUUUAGUAUUACAAUAAAGACAGUUAAAAAAAUAGCCUCCUCAUUGCACCGACGAGACGACGAUUUUUACUAGGAACCGUCGCCGCUAAACUCGACGAUUUGAACGAGAAUUCCGGUAGAAAAGUGGUUCACGCGCAGAAAACGAACAAACACAUCGUAAGCAAAAUUUAGCCCGCGGUAGGUAGUGAUUGUUUUCGGGAAUUAUGUAUGAAAACUGUUGUGGGAGGUGGUGUGGCGGGCCAAGUCCCACACGGGUUGGGCCGAGUACGACGAUUGCAAGGGACGCUAAUUUUUUUUUUUUUUUCUGUGCGUGUGCGUCUUGAUCCCUCUCCUUUUAUUUUAACAAUCCGAGCACGGUUCGGACGUGUCGCCGAGUAAGUUUUCAGUUGGUUUUCACGCUAGUACGAGUAUCGAAAUCUAAACAUUUUUCGCGCAACUUUUCGGCGACUUUCGUCAUUCGAUUUUUAUUUUUCGAUUCGAUUGCAACGUUGUUGAUUUUCCUUCGGUUAUGGUACACGACUGUCGAUACCUUCAAAUAAUAUUCGCUCCGUUUAGUUUUACUCACGUCGGAAAUAAAAUAAGGAUAGGGGGUCGGGGGAGGCGUGCACAGACGACAUUGUUAAUAUGCCAGAGUAUAACACAAUCGAUAAUUUGACGGCUGUUUCGAGCUUUGUCGGCCGCGGACGGUAGCGCGGUGGAAAUAUUGUUCGAUACGAGACGCCGCGCGAGUCAUUAUGUCCCCGAAACGGGCAAUUCAUUUUCCGUAUCCGUUUGGCAAACGAAACGAUUGAUCGCGAUUUUCAGGCAUUUUCGCGGGGACCGUUCGGUGUUCGAGUGAGAUUCGAGUGUUCAGAUUCGAUUUUCCGCGGAAACAACGCAGAUUUUUACGCGCGACCGCGGACGUUUUUCGCCGGGAUAACGCGACCGACCUCUACGCGUUUUCCGUGCCAACAAACGUCCGGGCCCUAACCGUUGCUGUGUCGUCGCGCGUUCGCGUAAUAUUUAACGAGAACAACGUGUUGUCGCCCGGACCAAAAUAGACUCCUGCGUGGCGGGGCGGGGCGGGGGGGGGAAGUCUCCGCGGUGUUAUUGCGAAAUUUGAUAUUUCGCGGUUUGCCGUUUCGGUUCUGGGAACAACGCGGGUUGUUAUUAUUAUUACGAUAGCGUAAUCGCGCGGAAACGACGGUUCCCGAAAAUAGGUUAACGAGAUAUUUUAACUUUUAGGUGUACCUCGAGAUACGCGCGUCCGAAAAUAGACUUCUCGAAAAAGCGUACGCCGCGGUAACGGUUUUUCGCGUUACGCGUCAAAAUCGCGCGACCCGCCGCCCGCAAUUGCCGUGUAUUCAGUCGUCUCGGUUCACGGAACAACGGUACAACGUACGUCGCGCUAACCGAUCCUCGGAACCGACGGUUUCCCAAAAAUAGAUAAUAAUAGAUUCGAUUUUAGAUAAGCGCCUGGACAUUUUUAUUGCCCUGUUAACGGGAUUCCGACGUGGACGCUGUGGUGUCUCGGCGAUUGUCGGACGAACACCGAACGCGGACGUUGGCAAAACUCGCACUCCGGAAUUCGGUGGCGGAUUCGGGAUUGCGGUAACGUUAUCACCCGCGAGGGCGUCGACGGGGGAGCGGUUGAAACCGAGUGGGGCGAAGAAAUACUUCGGCAGGAUUCGUCGGACGGUGCACGAGCAGACGUCGAGAGCCCGCAGUUAUCCGCACCGCGGUUUGAGUGCGAGCCGUCGUCGAGUCCCGGUCUAAACGCCACCGUGCGUGGCGGCGGUAGGCCGGCAGGCCGGCGCGUAAUCUGGUGGAUUUGGCCACGGCGGCGCGACCGAUCCGCGGGGAUUGAAACCGCGGUUUCGAGUGGCCGCGUACCCACCCCCCCAACCCCACCACCACCGUAUUGCGACUGCCGGGAUAAGGCGUACGGCGAUCGUCGACGGCCGACGCCACCGCCACCGUCACCGCCCAACCGCCCCCCACCCGCCAACCCUCGACACGCCCGGCCGCACAUCGAUGACGAGCCCGCGACCGGUUUACAGGUUAACGCGUCACGUCCGACAAUGUCCGACCCGACGCGCGUCGGAGAGCGUUCAAGAGAAUCCACGGCCGACGCCCGUACAACGCUUCGUGGCGAUUAAACGUCACGGAGGUUUAUCGAAAAUUGCUCGUGUUUUAAAUUAUUUUAUUUUAGAACAGGCGCAUAUAUAUGUGUACAAGGGUGUGCCCCGACGAUCUGCCACUCGAAAUAACUCGUUCGUUCUGUUCAACAAUUUCGUUUGCUUCUUUUUUCUUUUUUUUUCAAACGAUUGAUUAUGGCCCCGCGCUGCCGUCGCGGCGGUUAGAAAACGGAAAUCGUGUCAGAAUAAUAUUCGAAUUCGCGGAUUACCAGCUUGCAAGGAAAACGCUUUAAAAGCGACAGUACGGGAUACUCCGCACGAAAACAGUGGCGAUUUCUCAUGGGUGCCCUCCGGGCUCCGGGGAUUGUGAAUAAUUUGCCUAUAAUUUGUCCCUUGGUUUGAUAAAAAAAAAAAAAAAAAAAGACGCUUUUAUAAAUUUCACAUACUCGUAUCUUCUUCUCGGUCGCUUUCAUUCCGGCCAUUCGGGAUCAGAACGCCCCUGGCUAGAAUAUUAUAUUCUUCGUUCCAAAUGUAAAACAGAGUGCGUAAAAGUGCUUACGAAAAGAAAAAAAAGACGUCCAAGGAUAAUGGGAGCGGGUGCGGCCAUUGUUAUAAGUAAUUUAAUACGUAUACGUGUAAGCAACGAUAAGCCCCAUUGGUUACGAAAAAACGAUUCUGAGCGGAGUUCAAUUGAUAGUGAUGUUUUGUCAACAAUGAAUAUGCUAUAUUAUAGUGAAAUAAUUAAAUAGGCUCUAUAUAUUUUCUUUAAUAAUAUUUGUUUAAUGUUGUACCGAUUUCCUCCGUUUUUUUCGGUUUUUCACAUUUGUUGAGAAAACUCCGGACAAAAUCGAAAAACGACUGCUUUAAAGUACCUCCCCAAACCGAUUUCCAGUCAGAAAAGGUGCUACACGUAAAAAAUCAAAGCAAGUCCUCCGGUGGAAAAGCCGUCUGCAGACAGAAAAAAAUAAAUAAACAUCUUUGUAAAACCAUAAGCUUCUCCGCUCUCCUCAGAAUCUAAAAUUACGGAAAAAAAAAAUAAUAAAAAAUAACAAUAAUACGAGUAAGUUGUAAUGUUUACGUUAUCGGCGUGAAGUGUAUGGUCGGGCGACGACGCGCGGUUUAUUAAUCCGCUGUUAUUACGCACACGAAUUAUUCGUCCGCCGGCCUGGCAGUCGGCUCUUUAAUCCGGUUCAUGAAUAUUUUAUUUCCGUGCGGGCGGACAACAACAAUAGUUAUAAAAAUCGUGCCUAUUAAUGUUCGAAACAGACGGAGAAAAAAACGGAAAAAAAAAAAAGUCGAAUUGACUCGGCCGCAUUAGAAGCGCCCCCGCACGCGCGCAACCGUAAAUCGCAUCGUUGCGUGCGUGACACCGGGCCCAGGUACCGAUCGUUAGGACCGGCGUACGCGGGAAAACAAAAAACGCGGUUUGCGGGACUGCGCGGCCGUUAUUGCACUGCGUACCGCGCACACGCGUACUGUUGUAAAAUACCGCGCGGGGUUUAAAACACAAUAUCUGUGCGUGUGUGCGUUACAAUAUUUGUACGCCGCGCGAAAAUAAAAAAAAAUUUCGUUUUUCAAACAAAGCUGAUUCGAUUUUAAUCCGUCGUUAAAAAUAUUGAACGCGCGCGAUCCGAAACAAAUUAGUGGUGUGGAGUGCUACGCGUACCCGCGCAAAAUAUAAUGCGUUACGAUAUUAUAAUUUACAUCGGAUUACUUGUCGAAAAUAAAAAAAAAAAAAAAACGAAAAGAGCCGGUGCCGCCGACCGGUGGUACGCCUCUGUAGUGGACGUGACAACGGGAAAACGGGAUGCAUACGGUCAAUAGAUCACUGUGCGCGCGACAAUCAAUCGUCGCUAAAGAAAUGCGACGCGGCCCGUCGUACGCGAAACGCGACGCUUAUUUCGUUUUCAUUGACCGGGCAAUUAAGGACGGAGACAAAAAUCGCUUGUCCGCCUAUUGAUUUUGCGCAACAGCACGCGCAACGGAUUAAAUAACACCAGCUGCUGUUGACGAUUGCCCGUUACAAGUAAUAACAUUGACAUUUAUAAUAGAACAAAACAAUUGUUGUGAUUGAACCGCAGAGAGUAGAAGUAAUAACCGCGAUAACGAGGGCACACCGUAUCCCGCGGUAAUAUCGCUCGCAGCAACGUGACACGUGCUGCUGUCAUCGCUGACCGGUCAACGUUAACACCCGUCGGCGGAUUAAGCGGGAAAAAUCGAACACGUACGACCGCGAAGUCCGGUCCACGCGGGCCGGUGCGCCGUCAUUGGUAACCGUCGCGGGUUCCGAGCGGGCGAUCCGCGCCAAAACGAGGGUCGUGUGCGGCGGACGUUAAACGCGUUCGCGUUCAGGCCGCGCCGUUCGGGGAAGGACCCGGGGGAGGGGGCGGGCCUAGGGGGGCCAAGCCCCCCCCCCCCCUCCCACCUAGACAUACCGUUUCCCCGAUCUUUUGUUUUAUAAUCCCGACAUUACUAUAUUCCGAUCACUGUUGCGUACGAUAGAAUAAUAUAUUUUAUUAUAUUUCCAUUGUAUUUGUGUUGUAAACACACAGAGGUGGCCAAAAGUCACGCAACAAAUUUGCGACACGGUUUUUAUAAAACUGUUGUGUUUUACGUUAAACGUGUUGUUUUUUUUUUUAUAAAACUGUCGCCACUGUUGUAGAUGAGAAGUUGGGAAGACAGGAUACAUACGGUUAUUUCAUUUAUAUCUGUAAGCAUCGAUAAACCAUUUGCUUGACGAAAGACGAUUCCGAGCGCAGUUCGGUAAUACAUAAUUUCAAGUGCCGUCAUUUUUAUUGCGAUUNGCUUAUUAAAAAAAAAAAAAAAAAAAAGUGGUCCGAUCGUUUUGGUAAUUUUGCAACCUCCAGGUAAGUCCAAUACAAGUAUUAUUACCAAGUUUUAAGUCUCUGCGUGUAUUUAUAACCGAGUUACAGAAAAAGAAAAACUGUCAACAAUUAAAAUUCCUUAUAAGCUCAAAAUUGGCUCAAAAGUUUUGGCGACGGUACCGCAAGAAAAUAAAUCAAAAUGGAAACAAAAAAAGGUGUCGUGUGAUUUUUCGAUUAAACAAAUUUUUUUUUGGUAGAGAACGUCGUCCGUGUUUUUAUAAAAUAAUGAAAUCGUGAAAUUGUACGUUUUCCUGCGUUUUUCCCCACUUAAGUGCUUUUAUUUGAAAAAUGACGUCGAAAAUCAAAAAAAAACCACCCGUUUGAAGUACCAACUCAAGACAACUUGAGUUUUCCGAAAAGUUGGUAAAAAUCGGAGCAAGUUUACCGGGAAAAAACGCGUCCACAGACUAGAACAAAGAACAGAGAAGAAAAAAUAAAAAAGUAAAUAAACAGCACGGCAAAACCAAUAGUUACGUCGCCAUGCUCGGAAUCUAAAAAAAAAAACGCGCCUAUGGGCGCAUAUAAUGUAUCUAUCUUCGCACAUGACGGGCCAAGUUCUCCGGGAAAUUGUGAUAUCUCCCGAAGUUCAUAAAUAAUUCAGUACUUUUGUUUCGGAAUAUGUAUUUGGAAUCGAUUCCAGUCGCGCGAUGCGGCCGUCUGAAUUUGAAUAAACAGCGUAAAAAAAAAAAAAAUACAAAGAUAAUAAUAAUAUAAUGUCGACAUCAAAAUAAUAUCUACUAUACAAUAUCAUCGACUUGUUUUUUCGACGAAUUCGUAGGUACGAAGUUGCUCAAUAGACCUCGGCUUUAUAUUGUAAUGUCUUGUGUUUUGUUUUUUUAUCUACACAGUCGACGCGUAUUCGUUAGUUUGGAAACGCUCAAUAACUCUGCGCGUAGAAUUUGCAUUCCGUUUUUUCGGGUGCCCAACAAACGUGUGUAUAGCAAAAUACAAUUAUUACACUGAUUAAACUUUUUUAACGCCAUUUAAUUAUUUCGCCAGUGCGCGUGGCGAUAUUUUUUUUUUUUUUUUUAAAGUAGUGAAAAGCUUUAGUUUUUGGGUAAUUAUUUUUACUCUUAUUCGUUCAAUGGACAUUAACGGUCAUACCGGACUUCCUACGCGCUGAAAAAUAGCCGAGUUUUGGACGUAUAAAUGUUAAAUUUAAAACUUGUUGGGGAAAAAAAAAAAAAAAAAAAAAAAACGAGAAACGUUAAAAGUUCUCGAAUAAAUUGCAUAUCUAUCACUAAUAUACGUACAAGAUAGACAAUAUUGUAAACGUAAUCGGACCCGUAUUUACGUGCACAAAUAGUUUGUCGUUUUCAAACGAAAUAUUAUUUUUGAAAUGUACUCCAAGGACAGUGUCACGAAAAUUGUGCGCAUAAAAAAAAUGAUCAAAAGACCGUAAAGUGACGAUUAUUUAAUUUUUUUUUUUUUUUUUUUUUGGUUUGCAGACGGAGAACGUCAACCAAACGGAUUCGGACUGCGGGACAGAGUUCGAGAAAUACAUGUUCGUGUCGCAUUUGUACGCCAUGCGGUGCGCGUUUCGCGACAUUUCGUCCCUCGGCACGCUGGUCGUAAAGAUACUGGUGGCUCUGCUGAGGUACACGGAUAUUAUUCCGGCCGACAAAGGCUAUUACGAGGCGGGCAUCGCCGCACAAGUACGUACAGAUAUAUUAUUAAUACAUUAAGAUACACGACUUAUUAUCAUAACACUCGUACACCCUCCACGUGCGCGGCUACACGGGCACACGUGUAUCAUAAUCACAGACUUGUGCAUCUUCCAGACGGAACAUUCAGCGCGAAAACGCGUUCCGGUGGGUGGAGUUUCGUUUCGAGAACAGAAACGCGUGAGAUUCGAUAAAAAACAAAGUGUUGUAAUGCUGUCCUCGGGGUGAACGUUCCUCCGGCCUAGACGUAUUACAAGUCGCUAUGAUUAUAAUAUUGAAACAGACUGAACGCCGUCGUGACGUCGUGUUAUCGGGACGGACAUUAUCACUCCCAUGCCGAAAUUUGUCGAUGCAUACUAAAUAGAACGAAAUAGAACACCCGCGGUACCUGUUAUAUGCGUACGUAUCUGGAUACCGACUGUUAGCGACGUUUGUAAUUUAUGUGAUUUCACCGAAAUCGGUGUAAUUCGGAAUCGCUGACGUAGUUCAAAAAGUGAAAAAAAAAAAAGCUAUCUUUAAACGUGCAUUAUUUCGUUCCUGCACGGGCCUACCAAUGCUUGCGUUGGAAAAAUAAAAACAGGGUUACUAUGAUACGUAGUAGCGUCCCUACAGGAAUAAUUUAACUCGACUUAACCCGUGGAGUGCUCUGCACCCCACACCCUUCUCACGCCAAUUUUUAAAAAUAAAUAAUCUACUACACUUCGUUAUUUCAAUAGAAAUAUUUUAUAACUUUACAUUAAUUAUUAAUUGUAAGUUAACAUUAUAGCCUUGAAAGUGAAAUGUUCAAAAAUAUUUCUUAUUGCACGUCCAGAGCUUUGGAGGAAUGAGUAAUCAUUACUCCGAAUUUUAUACUAAAUACGUUUUAUCGUUUUUGAGAAGUAAUGAUCAGUGGCAUUUGAAUUUUAUGUAGGUACAUACAUAAAAGCUAUAGGCAAAUCACUCACUUUGAUGUAUUAUACUACAGCGGACGCCGCUUAUAAGACUCACUUUGGGACCAGCAAAAAAUCAAUCUUACAACCGAAUAAACCGUAUAGGUGAAGUGGAGAAUGGAUAGAACGUAUUUGGAUAUGCCCGGACCGUUCCAAGUGAUUUUGAGUAUUACAGCGACGUCCGCUUUGUAUAAAAUAACAGUAUACAUAGAUACAGGUCUAAAUUGUCUUUUCAAUUACAAUUCAACAUAAACCAUAACUCUUCAUAGUUGUUAUUAUUAUUUUUUUUAAGCAAUAUUUUAAGGCAAUACAGUUCAUCGGCCUAUGUCCUUUACUUAUCAAAGGUAAUGCAUAAUAUGGAUGUGGUACAAAAUAUUAAUACUGGCGGUAAAAUAUUAUUAUUUAUUUAAAGAGAUGUACCAACCCCCCCUCUCCCGCCCUAUCCGAAAUAAUUAAUUAACCCCAAAUUCAAGCACUGGGCCCUGUAUAAUAUAACAUACUAGUAUACAAAAAAAAAAGUGUCAAAGUGAAGAUAUCGUAAACAGUUUACGUAAACCACUUGAUAAAUAAUAUUUUUGAUUGAAAUCCAAAUGUAAAAUACACAUAUUCAAAUCUAAAUUUUUUGCACGACGGCGACAAUCUUGUAAUAUUUGUAUUAUCGAUUGGAAACUGUAUCCGAACGAAAACAUCUACACCAGAAUUACUAAGAAAAACAACCACCACUGCCUUAGCCCGAAAUAAUUUUAACCCUCUUCCCACGCUAUGAUAUCGAAAUAACGUGCAUGUGACAGAUUUAGUCGCUUGUGAAUAAUAACAAGAGACACGUAAAUUUAUGAUUAUAGGCACCGACCUGUAUACCGAAACCCUUUUACUUUUACGUACACAAGCAAAUUAAUACGGUAUUCAAAAUCAAAGGUUAUUAUUAUUAUUAUUAUUAUACGUUUGAUAAUUAAGAGAAUAUAAAAUAACGAACGGAAAUAAUACGUCUGCUACAUAUUAUAGUUUAAAUACUGGGCCCCCCCCCUUUCCGGAAAUCCGUUCAAACGCUGCGCAGACAAAUCAAAUUUGCCUAAGAAGAGAAAAAAAAAAACGGUAAUGUCUGCGCGAUAAUAUUAAAACUGUUUUAUUUUAUAGCAUACUAUAACGGUACUAUUUACCUACUGCGAAAAUUCGUAAACUUAUUGCGAACCGCGUGGACGAUCCUACGAGUAUAUUGUGUAUACUAUAUUAUUGCACGCAAUUAAAUGUAAAUCUCCUAACGAGUAUAACUAUAUAUUUUCGUUAAAUCUCGAAUAAAUUAUCAUAAUAAUGAUAUUCAUAUUUUCACGGUACAAAUACCAUUAUUUUUAAAAACUCGAAUACGAAAAAAAAAAUCCUCUAAUUUUAUUAAUUCGGAUAGUAAAUCAUUGUUGUUUAUUGUUAAAAACACUCAUCAAUCUUGUGUUAGCCAUAAUAUUUGUGUAUAUAUACAUAAAUAUAAUAUUAUACCUGUAGUUUUUUCACUCGUUUUCGGGCAAUUACGAUUAACAUUAUUCAAAAACUCUUCCUUUAUUUUAUAUCCUCUAAAUAUAUGACAGUUUUAUAUUAUUAAUUACGAUAAACAUUUUUAAAAUCUGUUAAAUAAAACACAUUUAACUAGACAGUACCUAUAUAGUACAAUACCUUUUACCUAAGCAGCAAUGUCGAAAUAAAAUUAUCAAUUGUGUAAAUAUUGCAUUACUAUGUCAAUGGAUUUACGGAAAUAUAAAAUUUCAUCACCAAAAUUUAUCUAAACAAAAACAUCGUCUAUUUACGCAAUGUUUAAUAUAGAUUUCUAUUUGAAAACCAAAAAGUUAUAGUAGUUUCACCUCCAUUGGCAUGCCCAGGAAUUAUCAAUGGGAGGACAUGCAGCAAAUAAGAAUCAUGAAUAAAUCAUAAAUUCGUCUUCUCUACCCAAAUUGACUGCGGGAAUUGGUAAUUCAAAAGCCGGAUCCCAUAAAACGAAAAAGGCCAAUUUCUAAUCAAUUUGUCGAGUUUUUCUCGUAACUUGGCUGAAAUAAAUGUAUUUCGACAUUAAACUACUCAUAUUUUUUUUGUAUUUUAAGCCAACGAAGGAGAUAUAAUCUCUAACCUCCCCCCCUUGCGCACGCCACUGUAAUCUCCCCUCAAAAAUAAAGGCAAACAAAAUAAAGACUAUGUCCAAUUUUAGAAUUAUAUAUUUUGAUUUCAAAAAAGGUUUUUACCCGGGUAUUUUUAAACAAAUAUUUUAUGGACAAUUUUUAAGUUUACUGUAACUACGAAUAAUUCAGAAGACUCCGUAAGUCUAUACAUAUAUAUAUAUAAAGAUAUAAGAUAUAUGCAUCCAUUAAAAUUGAAUGAUUUAAUAAAAAAUGUAAUAUUGUAAUUCUAGCUGUUCAGCACUACUAGCUAUACAGCCCGUAGCAUAUGCAAAUUAAAUUAAAUUAUUAAAAAUCAAUAAUAAUAGUUGUUCUCGUCUUUGCGCAACCGAGAUAACCCAUAAAUCAACGAAAAUCGAAUGAUUUUUCGUACCGAAAAUUUCCUUGUCAGCCACUUUUACGGUUUUAAUUCGUGAACAUAUAGCCUAUAUCACCCGGGAUUAUUUUAGCUUUCUACCAGUUCCAACGGUGAAAUAAUUUUCCAGACUCAAAGCGGCCAGUUCCGGGGAUUACCUCCUACAAACAUACAUGCAUACGUGCACACUUUUCCUCGUAAAAGUGAGAAAACCGAAUAAUAAUAGUUGCUUUUUGUUGUGCUUAGAAGCCAACAAAAUGAUUCUAAAUCAACAAAAAUCUGUACAUGCUGUGCAGUGCGGUACGUUGAUUUUCAACUGUUUUAAAUAGUGAUCGAAUUUAGCGUUUUAAAAUGUAAAAAAUUGAAAACCGAUUAGCCUAUAAUCUCCGCGGUGUAACGUAAGAAAUCUAUAGAAAAAAAAAAAAAAAAAAAAAAAAAUGAAAAUCGAUCCGGUAUAGUUCCGAAGAUCGCCCCUAACAUACAAACAAAUGUUACCUCUUAAUAAUAUAUUAUAUUAUUGAGACACUACGCACUUUUCCCACUGACACGACUUUAGGUAGAUAUAAAAAAUAUUUCGAAUAAGUUUAUUAGUAUGACAACCAUCAAUGUACAGUUUUAAUCAGGGUUGCGAAGUGUUUAAAACCAUUGGUUUUAAUUAUUUUAAAUAUAACCUCUUGUUUUAAUACAUUAACGUUUGAAACAUGUUUCUUUAUAGUCCUUUAAAACACAAUUAUUUAUCUUAUUUUUAAAAAUUAAUCUAGGAAGUUGGUCCCACUGUCAUAUAAAUGUUCAAGAUAUCACAAUGAUAAUUAUUGUCUAUUAACUACUAAAUUUCGGUUAACUUUAACAUUUUUAAUUUUUUUUAUUUUUUUAUCAGCUUUUCUGCACUCGGUUCAGUAUUGGUUAUUAUUCAAUAUCUUUUGUAGACUACAUUUUUUUCUCAUUCAUAACAUCUAAUUUAGUUUUGAAUAUUUAUGUCAUCGUUUCAUAAUGGCCUAAUUUGUUGAUUCUUUUUAUGUGAUGUUAUUUAAAUAUUAUAAUCUGCUAUUUGGUGAUUGAAUAUUAAUUUUAAAAACAAAAGCUUUUACAUGUACUAUUUUAUGUCACUAUGUGUCAGAAUCUAUCAUAGAAUGAUCAUAGUAAUUUUAUUAUAUUAAACACAAAUACUUUUUAUCUAAAAAUGUAAUAAAAAAAAAAAUCUCAACCCUUAAGUAUAAGCAUGAAAGUCAAGGUUGGUAUAAUAGAUGUUUUCAGUUUUAGAUUUCGAGUGUAGCGAGGGAGCUAUUGGUUUUACUAAGAUGUAUUUUUUUUCUUCUAGUCUGUGGACGCGUUUUUUCCUGGUAAACUUGCUCCGAUUUUUACGUGUAGCAUUUUUUCGGAAAACUCAAGUUGUCUAUAUGGUACUUCAAAGGGUGGUUGUUUUGAUUUUCGACGCCAUUUUUUAAAUAAAAUCACUCAAGUGGGAAAAAACGCAGGAAAACGUAUAAUUUCACGAUUUAAUUAUUUUAUAAAAACACGGACGACGUUUUCUACCAAAAAAAAAAAUUAUAUAAUCGAAAAAUCACAUAAUAUCUUUUUUGUUUACUUUAUUGCGGUAUCAUUACUAAAACUUUUGAGCCAAUUUUGAGCUUUUAGGGAAUUUUAAUUUUUGACAGUUUUUUUUUCUGUAAUUCGGUUAUAAAUACACAUAGAGACUUAAACUUAGUAAUAAUACUUAUAUUGGACUUACCUGGACGUUCUCUACUCCAGUAUCAGCUCUUUUUUUUUUUAUUUUAAACAAUUAUUACACAACCAUCAUCCGAUAUAAGACCGGUGAGGGCAGCAAUAUAUUGAAUAAUGAAAAAUAUUAUAUUUUUAUGAUUAUUUUUAAAAAACUUAGUUUAAACAAAAAAAUUAGAUUUAAACAAUGUUUAAAACAAACAAACAAAAUAACAAUAAAAACUGUUUAAUACAUAAAACACCGUUUUAAAAAAUAAAACGUUUUUUUUCUUAUGCAAUCCUGUACUUUUAAUUUUGAAUCGUUCCGUAGUAAAUUUAAUGUGUUUAACAAACACUGAAACCCCUUAAUGCAUGAACGCGUAGGUAUUUGAUAACAAAAAUAAAAGCCGUAAUAAAAUAAAUUGUAUAUUAUAUAUUUCGAAUAUAUUAUUGUAAAAUAGGUGCUUCCGUUCAAAAUAUGACGGGAAAAAAAAAUAGAAAAUUUUGCAACAAAUGUCCCUAUAAUUUAUUCGUUUACAACGGCGUACAAUAGCCGAUGAUAUAAUACCUUUAAAAUAAUAAAAUAAAUUCGAUUAAAAUCGUUGAAAAUAAUAACCUCUUUGUAUAGCUGUACGCGUAAAAAGCAAGUAUGAUAUCAUAUGAACGGCGUUAUGCAGAAGGCGGUCACCGUUUCUCAAAAUUUUAAAAUCCGGAUCGUAGUUUAACCGGGUAGAAAAUUUCAGUUUACGCAUUUUGCUAAAAACAACCGUACCGCUAUUGAAGUGUAACGCUAUCUGUCAAUAUUUCGGAAACGUAGUGCAUGAUAAUAACCAUUGUAAAUUAUUGCUGAAUACAACCAUGCGGCAUGGUUAUAUGGUAUAACCGUGGUCAGACUCCAAGCGGCUUGGUUGCGUUUUGCAGAUUAAAUGUAAUGGAUGUUUACAUCGUUCGUUUGCAUAAUUCUAUACGUAUUGUGUACAAUAAAAAUCGUAUUCAUUUUUUCUCCAUAAUAAAAGUAAAACGUUAUUCCCGGUACAAUAAUAUAGACAAAUAUUUUUAAAGAAAAGCGGAACUCCUUACAAUACAACACGGUCAAAUUCUAUAAGAACUACCCAAGUACACUUAAUAAAAAAAAAAAAAAAAAAAAUGAAAUCGAAUACAUAAGUUUUGAAAAAUAUAUGGGAAAAGUUAUAACUUUUUGAAUGCAAUAAUGACCGAAUUUAUUCUUUAUGAAAAAAAAAACUGCAGGCUUUUUUUAUUUAUAUCGAGUUAAAAAAUGUAUAUAUAUAUAUAUUAUUUUCUUUCUUUACGACUAUCGGACAGAUAUGUUAUUUGAAAAAAAAAAUCCUACAAUAAUUUAUGAUGGUUGAAUACGUACAAAGUUAGAGUAUUUUAAAUUAUUAAUAAACGCAACCUAUACGCCGAGAUUAUUUAUGCGAUUUUGUAGCCGGAUCAUUGCAAAACAUCAUCCGCGAAUACUGAUCAUAGAACACAUAAAUCCGCGAUAACUACCAUUUUUUUUCAAAGACGAUACCAUGUUAUAUUACGUAAAACUUAAAAAUUGUAAAUAGCCGAUAAAUAGCAUUGAAAUACCAAAGUCUAAAAUUAAGAAUUUACAUAUUUGUCAAGAAAAAAAAAAGUCUAAAAAAAAAAUCUGACUAGGGGAGUACUUUAGAGAGGUCAUUUUUCGAUUUUCCCAAGUGUUAUCCCAGCAAAUGGUAAAAAAACCGGGAAAAACGUAAAAAAAAAAAAAAAAAGGGAAAAUCGGUACAGUAUUAAACAAACAUUUAUUUUUUUUUUUUUUUUUAAAUACAAAUAAUGCCUAUUUAAUUGUUUUACUAUAAUAUGACGUACAUAUCGUUGACAAAUCAUCACCAUCAACCGACUCCGCUCGGAAUCGUUUUAAGUUAGCAACGGUGUUUGUCGUUGCUUACAGAUACAAAUCGAUUUCCCCUCAUUAUAUCCCACCUUCCCAACUUCUCGCCAACAACAGUGGCCGCGCCUAUCGUGCGAAGUACGUCGGUCUGUUUUGUCCUUAUUUUUCUGCUACUAUCAUUUCCAUACCCGGGGGGGGGGGUUACCCGCCACACUUACCUCGGUUGUCGAUUAUCGACGUGGUCGUAUUGUUAUUUCGAUCCGUCGCGUCGCGCGCGGUAAAAGCGCGACAAACGUCCGGCAGUCGGGUGAAAGCGCGCGCAGACGGCGUCAUUAUAAAAAUAUCGUGUGAUAACGCGCGACGCGGCAGUUUAAAAGCGAGCGCGGCAAACGGAAAUUUCAAAAAAAAAAAUAAAAAUAAAAAAUAUUAUUACGACGGUGUUCCGCGCGCGUAACGGUGGCGGCGGCGGCAACGACGGUCGGUUAUAAAUUAAUUUAAAUUAUAACAUUACGGUAAAUUGUGUUGCGCGAGCGUGUGCAGACGAUUGUGUAUUAUUUUAUUACCUCGGGUACACGGGCGUGCAGCAGUAUAGACUGACGAUAUUAGCCGGGAAGUUAUUCGCGCUCUCUUAACGAUAAUAAUAAUAAUAAUAAAACGAAAAGACGACGAGGACGAGGACGACGCGCGACGGUCGGAAACGUUAACUUAUUUACUUUGUGCAAUACAGCGAAACGUUAUUUUCUCCUAUGAUAUAUCUCUUUGCAUAUUAUUAUGCGUAUUACUAUUAUUAUUAUUAUUAUUAUUAUGAGGCUCCCGGAGUUUACGAGUCAAAAGACGCGCGCGGCGCCCUGCCCUCACCGAUCCUUCCCGCCGCCCCCGAAAAUGUAAUUCUCCCGAACAAACGAUAUUAUCGUUAAUCCCCCCGGCGCGACGCCGCGUAACGACGCGCGUAUUUAGCGGGCGCCGGCCAAUUUGCCGCGUAGUGUGUUUCGCACGCGCACAUUUGCCCGCGGGUAAUAUUAUUCACGAUCGCGGCGUGUACCUGCACGACCAGCGCGGUAAGUUAUUGCGGUACGCGCACCGGAGACGGCGGUGAACGGUGACGAAAGACCGGCGGCCGACGACAAUUAACGGCGUCGGCGACUUUUGUAUGCGCGCGGCGACCGGCGAAUGGCGGCUGCCGGUCACCGCGCGCUGGCCGGGCCGUAGAGGUUGCCAGCGACCGGUAACGUGCGAACACGCACGUCCACCGCGUUGGCGCGUUGGCCACUCUCCUCUUCGAAAUACUCGCAGUGUUCAACAAAAGUUUGAUAAGAACAGACUUUUUGUUAUCUUCAUUUGAUGCGAUUACGCGAUGACUGAAAUUUAUACCGAUCACCUCAUAUCUCCGCUCACUUUCUGAUUUCCUUUGUACACCGUGCCACGGUGAAUGAAAAAAAGUCACGACGCGCCGUCUCAUAUUUAUUAUUGAGCUUCAUUUGGACGUGUACUGGAAACUAAAAUGACCCGCUACGCCGGCCGCCGCCGGAUAGCGCACAAUAGUUGGUCGAAAAAUGUGUCGUUGAUUACAGAAUAUUCGAUUACAAAUUCGAAUUUCAACACACUUGUGUUUUGUAAAAAAUUGUUGAAUUGUUGAAAAUGUUUGAAAAAAUUGGACCGCCAAAAGACACCCUGAAUGUCAUCCGAAAACGACUUCACCGAUUCGAAAGCAUUGUACGCGAAAUGAUUUCGAAACCUCCGAAUUCGUUUCCGGAUUAUUUUAAUAACAUUCUCGAUUUUUCCUUUACCGUGAGAAGCAUAACAUAUGAUUGCGUGGCAUCGUAUUAAACUGUAUAACAUCCAUGAAUACCGAUCUAAUUUAGAUGUUUAUUUCUAAGGGAUGGGAUCACUUUUCCCGAAACCCCGGGAGAACAGAUUAAAACACUUGGAGAUUUUACGAAUUACGCCAACGUUAACUAAAUCGAACAUUUUCAACCCGGAAUCUAGAAUUAUUACACGCAUAAACAUAAUAUACAUUAUGUAUUUUGACUUUGUCCUAUUUAAUGUUAAUACAGUCGUAAAUGCGCCACCUAGAGACUACUUUCCGACAAAAUACACAUUUCCGACGAAACGCUAUUCAACAAAUUACAGCCUUCCGGUCAAACCUUCGUAACGCCACUGAAUUACCGUUGGUACAUCUGUUUUAGGAAGGCAAACGCAACGCCGAGGCGUUCGUGUUCCUGAACCAUUAUCUGGACAUAACGGACGCCAUUGCGGACGGGCAAAACGAAAUGGUCGACGACGCGGACCUGCAAGGAACCGACUUUCCGACUAACAUACCGCUGCCUCAGGCCAUGUACGUCGACAGCGAACAUCACGAACAAGUCCGCGAAUGGAUUCUCACCAACGCCAUGGACCGGGACAUCAGUCAGGUAACGAAACGCAACAACCGCCAAUCAAUCCUAACAUAACACAAUUUCAGUGUUGUGUAAAAAAAAAUAACUUUAGCCGUAUAAACAAAAAAUGUAAAAUAUUGGAAAGGCCGGAUUUAUAAAGUAAUUUAAUUUACAUCUGUAAAUAACGAUAAACCACUGGCAACGAAAAACGAUUCCGAACCGAAGAUCGAUCAUACAUGGUUGAAAGGCCGUAAUAUUUACGAUUUAUAUCGAAAUUUGAUAAAACGUGAUGAAAAACGUGAGUGCCAUCGCCAUAGAUCCAUAAAAUAUAUUAAAAUGCACGUGUCUAAAANAUAAAAAAAACUACCUAACUACAUAACAGACAAUUUUUUUUUUCUUAUCACUAAGUACAACGACAUUACUCAAAAACAGUAAAAUAGGUACCGAUAAUUUGUAAGGUUAAUUUUUAGAUUGUUUUCUAUAUAUUGACUUAAUUUACCUAUAAUAUAUCGAGCACUACGAAUAAACUCCAAAAUAUUUGUCUUUAUUUUGAUAGCCUACUUUGAAAAACGUGAGUGCCAUCGCCAUAGAUCCAUAAAAUAUAUUAAAAUGCACGUGUCUAAAACAGCGAGUGUGACCAUAUAAGGAGUAAAAUAUUUUACACCCAUAGUCGUAGUUUUGCCUGAUUUUUAUCAUCAUGUAGAUUGAUAUUAUAAUAACAAUAAUAUUGCACGGUGCCGCGGCUGAUAAACAUUAAUCAUUGAGUACUGAAAACACAAAAUUUAGCCUUGUACAUAUUUAUGUCUAUGAAUUUAGCCAAGUGUGGUACAAUAGGAAUUUUAAUUUUUAGAUGUUUUUUUCCUGUAAUUCGGUUAUAAAUACACGUAGAGACUUGAAACUUGGUAAUAAUACUUAUAUUGGACUUACCAUGGAACCCGUUACAAAGAAAUUAUACAAAUGAAGAUCAUAGUAAUAUGCCUUUAUUUGCGGCACACUGUAAAUAUUUGCCGGUUUUUUUUUAUAAUAUUUUGUUUCCGACUUUGUCAAAUUAUUUUGAAAACUCCUUUGAAAAUCACAAAAUUAACUCUUAUCAUGAUAAUGAACAUAAAUCGAAUUGAGAUAAUUCAUGUUGAACUAGAGCCCGAAAAGCAUUAAAUUGAUUUACCAUAACAUAAAGCAGUUACACGAAUUUCAAUUUUUUCCGUUACCGAUAAUGUUACUAUACUGUAGAGUAUUAAAAUAUUAAAAUUGUCGCCUCGAAGUUCUGUUUGGAUAAAAUCAAAACAGAUUAAAAACGAAACAUAAAAAGUUUGAUUAUUGUAGUGUAUACCCCCUAGGGUCGUUAUAAAUGUUUUUUAAAGGCAAUUUUAUUCUUAAAAAACCAUUAAAUUUAAAUAUAGUUUAUAGUUUAUCUAUACACGGAAAAAAAACCUAUAUUGUAUAGUCAUAAAAUGUUUUAUAUCACUCUGUGUAUUUAGAUGAGAGCUAUAAAACUACGUCUAUUCGUAAUAUAACUAAAUAUAUGCUUGAUCCGUCGGAGUGAAUUUAUUUUCCCCCACGAAUAAUCGUCUUAAUUGGAAUUUGUUUUUGUCCGUCUCAAUAUCGACUAAUAAUAUUAGUAGGUACCCAUAUUAUAGUUAAUGAGCGUGUUAAAAAAUAACACUAUUACAUAAAUGUAUAUCAAAUGUUGCCGUAAAACCUAAAAAGUUGUUUUAACACCUGCAUAAUAAUAUUAUUAUAAUAUGUAUUAUGCACACGUAUAAUCGGAAAUUUGAUUAAUAUUGUAAUGUGCUGUUUGCGGUGAAAACAAAUGAAAAAUUCGCAAUACAAACGUAGGCGAACUUAACCUAUUCGUAUUAUACGUAAAGCGAUUGCGACAACGGGAGGCCAAAGGUGGGCCCGGGUCCACCCUGAAAUGUUUUGGCACCAUAGUUGGCCUACUCUAUAAUUCUAUGUGAGUAGUAUGAGUAAUGAGUAUUAUUAUUAUUAUUAUUAUUUUUUUUAUUUUUUUUAUCUGGCUAUUCCCUGAAUUUUUAAAAAAUGUCCCCAUCUAUAUAUUAUGAUAAGGAUCAUUGUAAUGUACUUAUUUUAUAUUCUGAACGUGGUGAGGAAUGUAUCGGUUCUACUAUAAUGUAUGUUUUUCGUGCCUGUCAACAACUUUUUAGCCAGAAAUAUAGCUACUAUAAAAAAUGACAAAAGAGCUUUUUGUAGCACUGUGCAUCUAUUUGAUGCAUUAGAAAAUCAUAUCAGGUUUAAAAAUAUAACGGUUUUACUAUGACAUGUGUUAUUUGUUUGUCUAUUAACAACUUUUCUGUACCAUAAUUCUUGCUCCAAUUCAUGGGUCUAGUUAGUGCAUUGAGGAAACAUUUUUUUUCCAUUUUCCUUGUAAUUUUCUUAAUACUGGCAAUGGGAAAAAUUUACGCAAUAAUGGUUUCUGUUAUUUAAGAUUUAAUUUUUUUGUUGAUAUUCAUGAUUAAAAAUAAUCGUAGAGAUCUGGAGUUUUCACCGAAUACCUUUAUCAAUUUUAAAUGUGGUAAAAUUUUCAAAACUUCUCGGCAAUUUUUAACUAUUUAUAGUGAUUUAAAUCUUUCGGACUUUUUUUUCAUUUGGAUAAAAAUUGUUUGGUUUUUCAAAGGUUUAUCAUACGUUUUUCUUAUAGCACUAUGCUUCAAUUAACAUAUAAAUACACAAUUAGAGUAAACGAUUUAUAAACUUUCGGGAUUUUUUUUUUUAAAGGCACUCUAUGACAUUAAUUUGCUGUGAAAGUGGAAAAUGUUAAACAUUCAACUGUAAAUACGGAGAAAGUAAAGUUUUCCCGCACAAAACAGUUUUUAAAUAGAAUUUCGAGAGGUAUUUUACGAUUUUUUUUGGAGGGGGGAACCUCUCUAGGUAUAAAGAUAAUAUUUAAUUCUGCUUGCCCUAAAAUCAUUGACCAGUCUGAUCCAGUUGGAUAAAAAGUUCUGAUGCCUGCACCACUCUAUACGUGUAACUCUAUAUAUUGUUGCUGUACAGUUUCACAUGAAAUAAAAAUCUCGAUUUAAGUCCAAUCAUAAUCAAGGUGAAAAAAUAGUGCGUAGAUAGGAAGAUACUUUUUGAACUUUUAUGGAAGGAAAAAGUAUUGGUACAUAAAUUUCCUUUUUGUGCUCUUGGGAAUUCGUCAUUCAGACUACAGAUGCAACGUUUUAACUAUAUAAUAUAGGUAUUCUAAUGAUAACCCGUUUAUUUCGUAUAAGUUUUUACUUUUCAUGCGUACCUACCUAUCUUUAUAAAUUCAAUUUCAAUGAUAAUUUUCCUUAGACGAUAUUAUAAAGUAUGAUGUGCGAAAAGAAAAUUAAUAUAGGUAUAAACAUGUAUUCAGAAACGAUGAUCAUUAUUAUAUUCACUAAUUUACCUUUAUAUAUAAUAUAGUUAAAUUAACCGUUUACAUUUUGUUAAUAUGUAAUUAACCAAAAACAAUGUUAUAAGUAACCUGAUGAUGGUAAUAUACCGAAACUAAGUAGUUACGUAAAUAUACCUAUCUUAAAAAUACAUUCUAAGCCGCCUUUUUUAAACAAUUUUUUAAUAUAUAUUAUUCACGUGAAGACUUGUGAUUUUUUUUAAAUAUUGUGGUGAUUUUUGAGGUAUAACUUAAGCCAUUUGAAAUGUUAAUUUUUUUAUAUGUAUGUUUUAUUUUAUUCUCUUAUGUGGUUAAUUAUUGAUUUGGUACUGCAAACAUGUAUUGGUUUUAGUUGGGUUCUUGUUGGAUAACAAUAGGAAUUAAUUUAUUGGACACAUUAGGUGUAUAGAAAAACAGAAUGCAUUUAUUAUUAUAUAUGAAUUUAAAUAAGACAACUCGAUUAAAAUAAAAAGGGGCACAUGGUUCAGAUCGGCUAAUUAGUGUCAACACACACACGUUGUGCAUGUAAAGGGAAAAUAGAAUGCAUAAUAAUACAAUACAUCAAAUUAAAUUAUAAGAGGGAUAGAUAACCAGGUUGACCAAUAUAAUAUCACAGUGUUGAACAUCGAACACGGAGCAGUGGCGCAACUUGAUAAUAAGGGGUCUAUAUGAAUAUUUCCAAACUGGGGUCCUUUAGGGUUGCCAGUUAUUUAAAUAAAUGUAAAAAUUGGAAAAAAAAAAGGUCUCUAUCUAUACACCAAUCCUGUCUGUCUAUUUAAAAGUUAAACAUAUAAUAUAACCCGUAUGUAAAGCGCCACGCUAACUAUUUUUAAUGCCCUUGGUGAAAUUAAGUUAGUAUUGAUCGCAAUAAAAACAUACCUAUACCCUGUGUCGUGUGUGUGUGUAUUUGUAUGUGUGUAUAUGUCUCAGUGGCGGAUCUAGGAGAGGCCAGGGGCUUUUCACCCCAAACUAUAAUAUACUGUACAAAAGUUUUUUAUUUCCACAAAUAAUUAAUUGUUCAAUGGAUAAAUAAUAAAAAAUUUUCAAGGAAAAGAGCGGAAAGAAGCGAUGAAUAUAUUGAUUGUUCUAUGGUGUAUUUUUAUUUUUUAAUAAUUUUUUUUUUCUAUCUGUGAACAAAUUAUCUAUCAGAAAUCUAAAUCUUACUACAAUCAAAAAAUAAGUUAUCAGUGGUUUAUCGAUGCUUACAAAUAUGAAUAUAACCUUAUGUAAAUAUGUAUUCUAUAUACCUUCUCAACUUCUCACCUGCAACAGUGGCUGCACCCAACAACGGUAUCACCUUUUUUUUUUUGCUUUGUUGUAAUUUUUUUUAAGAUGCCCUUCUCCAAAAUUAAAAUGGAUCUGGUGUGUAUAAGUAUUACAUACUAUAUAGCAUUUGAGAUCUCGAGGGCUCUAAAAUCGAGUUGGGUGUAAACAUAGAUGCCAUAAUGGAUAGGCCAUAAUCAUUAUCAGGUGUUCCUGAAUUUUCUGUCUCACUCAAGAAUUAUUAUAUUUUGAUAGAUAAAAAAUAUUGCGAUAUUGCUGAGUAGGAUAAAAGAUAUAAUGUAUUAUUGAUAGUGUACAUAUGGUCAUAUAAUGGAUAGGCUAUGUGUAUACAAUUAUCUAUGGGCAUAAAUUACACACUUAACACUCCCGUAAAUUUUGUCACUUACGUGAGGUUCAUCAUAAAUUAAAUUUAGUGAUACCUAAAAAAAAAUGUUGAGUAUAAUGUAUAGUAGAUUUUGUUUAUAAGCGUUUUAAGUCGAAAUGUUAAUGAAAAUUUUAAAAAAAAAUUUCAAAAACAUGUUUAGCCAGAUGUGAGAUACUCUGUAUAUCCAUGUGUUAAAUAAAAUAAUUACCUUAAAUCUUUGAAACUCAAUAAAUGUGCUCUGAAAUAGGUAACGUAGAAGGUUGUCCACCACUAACCACGAGUUUUAAUAUUAACAGAUACUGUAAUUUGUCAAUAUAGACGUACUUGGUCGUAGCGACGUAACUGGAUAAAAAUCUAGGGGGAGGGGCAAAAUAUUUUAUCCACUAUAAUAAAAACCCUUAGUCCCCUCCUGGUUCAAACAUAUUUUUAUUGUAAGGCGUAUUAUAUACCUACAGUACACUUACUUAAUUGUUUUUGUUUUUAUACAAGUUUUAAAAUGCAUUCUAUUGUUUAACAACAAAUUGUAGGUUGCAAGUAGGUACUAGCAGUGGCUGUUUUAUGGGGGGAGGGUUCCAGAGAGUCUGACCCUCCCACCCUAAACUCCAAAUUUAAACUAUGAAAACUAGAUUUUGUGUUAUAAUUUUUAAAUUAAACUUAAUUUGUUGUUGAUUAAAGCGUAUUCGCGUACAGGUACAUUCACGUAGAUAAGUAAAAACAAUAUAUAAGUUAAUUAAAAUAAAUUAAUAAAAUAAAUUGGUUAGAUAUUUUGUACAUAUUAAAUAUAUUGUCAAUUAAUAUCAAUGGACCCUCCCCCCAGAAAAAAGUUCAAAAACCGCCAUUGGGUACUAACUAGGUACCCAUGUUGAUCAAUAAUGUUAAGGAGGUACCUACAUAAGAUUUCAUUCAUAAAGAGGUGCUAUUUGUAGUUCAAAAAUGUAACUAGUAUAAAAUUAUUAUUAUUUACACAUAUUUUAUAUUUAGUGAACAGUAAAUUAUUAUUUACUGUUCAAUUACGGUUUUAUCAAUAACCAACGACUAAUUUAAUGAUUUUUUUUUUUUAAACAAACAUGUUAUUUUAUUAUUGACUUUGAACUCAUCAUGCUUUGUCUUAAACAUCCGAUUAAACACGGUAAGCUCGAUCGAUUUGAAUGAUAUGAAAUUGAACAAUGUCAACUGUCGUUUAUUGUGACUGGUGAGUAAGUACAGAAUAUUAUAAACCUUCAGUAAAGCACAUUAUCACGGCGCAACGUAAUGUUGCAAUGGGUAAGUAGGUAUAAACGAGACAAAAUAAUAAUUAUAUUGUCAGUUAUUAUUGUAAUUUGUAAUUGAUCUAAAAAUAACCUCCCGUUACUUGUAGUCAUAAUCACGAUCUCAAGAUAAUAAUAUUAAACCGCGUUUAUACUUUAUGAAAUAACAUUAUUGGAUUAUUUGUGUAAUGCAUACAUUGCGUUUAUUGCGAUAACAUUUGACGAUACGUCAAUAUAAUAUUGUACAACAAAAGAAACCUAAAUGUAAACUCUUAAUAUUAAUAAUAAUUUGUGGAAAAAUAUUUUUUUAUGUUAAAUGUAUUGCAUUCUUUCUUAACUUAAAAAGAUUCAAAGAUUUGUACUGUUGAAUUAUCGAGGGGGGAGGGAUAAAAUGACACCUUUGCCCCUCACAAAAAGGUCAGGAAGCAAAUGCCCCUCCCCACACACACACACAAUUACACCACUGCUUAGUUGUUCUUGGAUAAACGAACGUAUCUAAGAAAUCGUUUGUUCAUGACUGGUUAACGGAAACGUUUUCCUUAGGGACUAGGGUUCAUACUUCUAAUCACAGAUAAAUAAAAUUAGAUCAGCUGAUCGAGUGCAGUCUAUUCUAUUGUUAUAUUAUAUUGUUUGUUGUUUGAUUCAAAUAUACCUACAAUUUCUUAUAAUACAUUUAUGAACGAUACUGAAAUAUUUUAUGUUCGUAAUAAUAUUCGGAAUUCCACUCAAAUCAAUACUUAUCACGCUCGAUGCAACUACGUAUUAUAUUUUUAUAUUAUUAUCAAAAUGGUUAUCGCUAGAUUAUGCGGCUGCGCUGAUUUGCCGGUUCACUGCUGGCAGCGAAUCAUGAAGUUUGAAAUAGUCGGAGAAAUAGUUUAGUCGUGCACUUGAUGUACGCGAAAAGAGCAAUUUUUAAUAAGAAGACCUUUCAGAAUAUUAGCAGGUACCUAUUUGAAAGUAAAUAGCUUCCUACCCUUAUAAUGCGUCGAGAAGAUACCCACGUCCGGGAUCCAUUCGCAAAACCUCUAGAAAAAAAAAAAAUCCAACACUAUCGUUUUCACAUACGAAAAAUUCUACAAACAAUAAUAUUUCUUAAAUAAUAUAUAUAGGCAGAUUAAUAACUGCAGUGGUGUUAUUGAAACGGUAAAGCUUGUGUAUAGGCGUAGGCAGUAGCGUAUUUAGAUAUUUUUCAUGGAUGGGAUUCAGCUAAAUUUUCAAACAAAUGUAAGUGGGGGCUCUGCCCCCCCACACAUCCCGAUUACACACUGAAUUGAAAAUUAAAUUUAUUACAAUGCAUUAAAAAAUGUUAUAGUACAAAAUCUAAUCUUCUAUGGUUUAAUGCUAAUUCAUUGAUAAUUCCAUCAACAUUUAGAUAUCCCGAUGAAUGGACAUCAUUGCUAGCCCAUUUAUCAUCGUUUACAUAAUAAUAAAAUUAAAAAUACCGUUAUAACUUUAUAAAUUAUAUUUUUGUAAUACAUUAAAUAUUUUUCAAAAUAAUUAAAAGAUUACUUCAUUCAUUGUUGAUCUUAGAUAUGUUGUCAACCUUUUCAAGGCGUUGCUGUUGACACUGGUAAUAUACAAAAUAAUUUAAUUUAAAAAAAAUGUAUAUUUGGCAAAUCAUUUUUUUGGCAGCUUAAUAGCGAUAAUCACGAUAUUUGAAAUAUGAAUACUGACAGGUAACAGAUAAAUUAACAAAUGCGAUUAUAGAUGACAUCUAUCUAUAAUCGUGCUGACAAUCGAAAAUUAUUAAUAAUAUAUAUAUAUAUAUAUGCAGUUUAUAAGGGAUAUCAGAUAGGUUGUUCUAGAGAGGUUGUUCCUCUAUAGGAAUUUUAUCACUGCACCUUAACGAUUACCGACUAGCAAGUGGCAGCCAUUCAUAACAAUUGUGAUUACAUUUUUUCACGGUUACGAAAAAAAAUAACAUUUUAUAAGGUUGCAACUUAUAUGAGCACGGAUGUUUAGAUAGGUAUAAAUGAGGUUAAUGGGGGGUCUGGACCCCAUGGACCCCCCUCCUCCGUAAAUGCACCAUUGUGCGAAGGGGAACAAACAAUUUUGAAAAUGUUAAGACAAGUUUAAUGCAUGCAGUCUUAGCAGAGCCAGCUGUCUUUUGACUGCACCGACUCGCCCCCACAUACUGAUUCGCGGUCAUACAGUUUCGCCAUCAGAAUAGAAAAACGCCAUAACUUUUUUUUUAAAAUCAUUUAUUAUUAUUAGGUUCUCUGAAAAGUUUAUUACCCUUUCCUACUCUUCGUGUCUAAACUUUAAACUGUUAUAAAUUUAUAACUCAUAAUAAACAGUACCUAGUCAUUACCGAUGUUAUUAAUGUUAUUACGCUUGUCAAAAUGUUUGGACAAAUAUUCUCUAUUUAAAUCUGUGUUUAAAAUGAGAAUUUCUAUUUGAUGUGUAUAUAUGUAAUCAUUUAAAAUACUGUUAAAAUAAUAAAGCUUAAAUGAUUCCAUAUUGAUUGAAAAAGAAAACAGAAAUCAAAUUUAAUUAGAAUAAAAUAUUUUCGGUGAAAAUAGUACGAUAGCCGAACGGUCAGCGACAAAGUGCAUUAAUUUUUAAACAACGAUAGUAAAAUUAUUUAAAAAAAAACCCAUUUAAAUCAGAUUAGAUUUCGAACAUAAUAUUAAGCUAUUAAUGAAGUGAAGGAAGGAAAAUGUGUUAAAAGAACACACAUUGUAAAAUGGUAUUGAUUAAUAGAGAUGUAUGAGAGGAUAUCAUGGCAUGAGCCGUUAUAAUAAUUUGACUUAGCUAAUUUAUAAUUUCUUUGUUUAACACUUAAAAGUAACAUUGCGGUUAUGUUAUAAUUAAUAUUGUCUUUUUGCAGAGUUUGCCGCUGGACCAGAGGAGACUCUACCCAUCGAAUCUGACCUCACCGGAUGGUGGCCAGUAUCCUGUGUGCGUUUUGUCCGGUUGGCCGGUCAUUGAUUCAAAAAAAAGCUAUGCUGUGACGUUCGAAAACAACAGAAUGGCCAUUAAGGACGAUUGGACCAAGGUAAUGACUGUAUCGAAAACCGUCCAAUCGUCUGUCGUCAAACAGACAUUGGAAUUCAUCACUCGGUGGUGUGGACCUCCAGUACAACAGUACUCGUUUCAUUGAAAAAAAAACACGAAAUUUACGGAUAUCACGUCAACGAAUUAUUGUCUGUGUUACAAAAUAGAUUUCUGUCAGUUUUUUUUUAGAGUAUGUAAUAAUUAAAAUAAUAAAAUAUUAUAUCAGUUGGUUAGGUUAGGUAAUGUUAUAAUGUAAUAUAUAAUGUUGAAAAAGCACG